CAUGAAAACGUGAUAGAGUACCACCGUCGGUAAAUUCAAUUGAACUUGCCUCGCAGCCACGCUUUAUUCUUUUGUCACGUACGUGUGAGCCUCGUUGCGUGAAAAGCGUCGCUUCAGCUUUUAGAGAGUGUGCUCCUAGUCGCGAGCAAGUCUAAAGAGGUUUUUAAAAGACUAAUAGAGAAUGCCACGAAGAAGCACUCGUAGGUCAGGAGGUAGCUCAGGAAAAGCUCCAAAAUCUCCUGCAAGCAGUCCAGAGUAAGUAUUUAAGUAUUUUAUUAUUAAAUAUCCGCGUGUUUAGUUGUUCAGCAAUAUUCAUAGGCUUGCAAUUUAGCAUCAUAAAUGGUCCAUUCUCGCUUCUCUCUUUAUCGAUUGCAUUUAGAUUGUAGGAACCUUUUCCCUCACUUAUUUACCAAGCUCUCGAUGUAAAAAUCUAACGCUCGCGCUUCGCUCUCGUGUAAAAAUUUGAGCUCGACUUGUAGGCAAGUCUAAUUCAUACUCUGCUUUCGGUUAUAUAUGCAAAUUGCCGCAUGGUUAACGUCUGGCUACGGCGUUUCCCGGUUUUAAGCGCAUCUUAAAUGUACAGGAACCAGUUAUGGCUCUGCAAAAUGUUCUCUAACAGGCCUUUUUUUGUUUUCCGUCGCAAGCAUCUAAAUGUUUAUUUGCAAAGUUAUUUCCGCCCUUGUCACCUAUGUUCACAUUUGGUCCGUUAGAAUGGUUCAGUGACUGGGUUUACAAAAGUGAAACUAAGUACAUUAUCCAUGAAAAGUUGUAUCAGUCAUGACAGAUUUAAAACUGAAGGGAGGAUGUUAUGUUUGCCCUCUGAAUUUCUUUUAUAAUUGAACGAUUUGGUCUCGUUUCUUGGCUUUUCAAUUUUUGGCGACCAGUUUUUUAAUUUUUCACUGAAUAUUACAUACGGACCAUUCAACCAAAAUGAAAUUUCUCCAAAACUCAGAAGGGCGCGGCUCAUGUUUUUCCCGGUCUGACCGCAGGUUUGGACGCGUCACUGAAUAUUACAUACGGUGUGUACUUAACCACUAAGACAUCAGAGACUUACAUUAUGAAAGUUUACUCGCCACACACUCAAGCUAGAGAGACUUCCGCGUUCACAGUGAAAGUAAAGAAGCAUCCCGCGCAGAUUUGCGUGUAAGAACAACAAUUGAGACUGGAUUAUAAAUCCACUUAUAUCCAAUCUUGACGACCCGAUGCUGUUGAUAUUUACAUAACACGCUACAUCAGUCAAUAAGCUUUAUUGCCGGAGGCGAGGUAGGAACGUGUGACGAAGCCGAAAGGAUGUCUCGAUACUCUCCCGCUCGUGUCCUCGCGCGAACGAGGUUGAGAAUGACUGCGCGGGAGGCAUCCUCGGAGAAAGUGAAUUUGAGUGUAAAGCCUAGUUUCCAAAUGUAAUAAAUGUAUAUAUAUUCCCGUCUGUAAAAUCAGCCCUGCUUCUUUUGUUUUACAUUUUCACUUAUUGCUGAUUAGAUCUUAAUUUAUCAGGAUCCGGUCCUUGUUUUUUCUAAGCUGGUUCUUGCUUCAAAAAUUGAACCUUAUCGGAAGCUGUCUGCCUCAGAUUUUUACAUAGGGCGCGAUCCAUUCAACCAAAAUUUCCGGAAAUUUGGGUCUGAAUUUUGGUUGAAUGGAUCGCGCCCAUAAUAACCCUCGGACAUACGGACGAACGAGGGAGGUGGCAACCACACCCCCGCCCCCGCCCCCUCUGAGGUUUUUCUGAGUUUUUUUCAAGACGAUAAAACAUCAGUACCUGACGUUUUCACCGCUCUUUUGUUAACAGUGCUCAUGAAAAUAUAGCGGUACCCUAAAAUCUAGACAAUAUUUAGUUUGUCGUGUAAACGGACAUUUCACGGACCUAACAUUGAGGCACUGUUGUCCAGAGUGGUUCCCAAAACGUUCGUUGCGUAAACCGCGCUUGAGUAGAGACAGUCUUCUCACUUAAUUCAUACUCAUCCCCAGAGCCCCCUGUUCAUCAUGGCCCGCGGGGGUUGCUCUCGGAAACGAUAAUAUGCUUAUAACAUUCACUACAAUAACAUGGUCAUCUUGAAUUUUAGCCUGCGAGAAGCGAGUCUCAAGAGAACUCGCGCGAGAGCGGCGAAGCACUCGUGUCUCCUUUCGCGUGCAGGUCUCGCUUAAUGUCUCGCGACUCCCCCAGAUUGAGACCUUGCUUGCCGGCUACUUGGACUAGACUGUGAUUCUCUUUCGUUAAUUUUUUUAACAGGCCUAAACGACGAAGGACAGCUGCUGACUCUGGACAGGACGAAUAGUAAGAGAAUUUCAAAGUUCUAACUAAUUUAUGAAUAUUAAGUCUUUACUCACUUCUUGUCUCUAUUCUGCAAUCUAGUAAGCUUCUUAAGGUGACUCGACCCAGUUUUUUGGAAGGGUACCGUCCUACUUUGAAGCUCUCUGGUAUCCCCACCUUUACUUUUAUCGUGAGUCUAACACAAAGAAUGGAUAACAUAUAGGUCAAUCUACAAUAUAACAUAAAAUUUUUGGCGAUCGGAGUAAAUGUCACGUGGUUACAAUGCCACGCCCCUUUGAGGUCUGAGUCGAAAAUCUGCUGUUGCCGGCAUUUUUUCGUGAAAAUCUCUCGGCUACACAUAGUGCCCAUUAGUGCCUUGCGCUGAACAGAGUUUCACCAAAAUCGCAAAGACCCAAUUCGAGAAAUUUAGCGGUUUCCAAAUUUAGGUCAUAAUUUAUGCGAAAAUGAUAAGCAAACUUUACACGGAUUAUAUCUAAUAAACUAUGAGAUUCAUCUCUUUAUUUUGGGCAUCGUUAUAACAGAUGGGUCCUUGCAAGUCAGCAAAACGCUUUAGGGCCUUGUAAAUGCGCGCGAUUUCGAGCAAAGCAAACAUAUAGAAAUUACAGUUUUCGCUAUUUGUUGACGUUUGUCAGCUUUUAAGAGUCCUUCUCACGAAAAAACCAUUUUCUUAAAAAUUCCUAGUUUUUUUUCCUUCAAAUGUUUUCAGGGCCACAAUUGAUUAACUAACUACCCGGACUCUGAAUUUCAUGGUCAUUGAAAAACUUUGACAUUAUCUUCUUUAAGCCCAAACUUGAGUAAACAGUAGACUGCAAAACAGUCGGUUUUUUUCUCAAAAUCAGUAAAGAAAUCGGUAAAGGGUGGCGUAAGAGUCUUACGCGCGGUCCGAAGGGCGUGAGAGGCGUAUUUUUAGCGUCUCUCCCCAGUCUCGCUCCCUGUUUUCAGCCUCGUUCCAGACCUUUUGUUUGACUGCUCGCGCGUUCUUGAAUACGCAAAAAUUCGGACUGUUUUGCAGUCUAAGUAAACAGUGAAGAUUUUUAGCGUUUUGGCUGAGUUUGUGCUUUGGGAGUUGUCUAUUGUUUCUAGUCUGUCAUUAUGCAGCAUUCUUGUUCAGCACGCGUGCAAUGACCGCGCUUGGCUGACUUCGGAAUGCUCACCGAGAUAUGAUAAUUUUGGUACAGUGAGACGGGCCAUCGCGUGAUACAUAGAGGUUUAACUCACAAUUUUUAAUCAAUUCUCGUGCUUCUUGUGCCUUUGCAAAAAAAAUCAAGAAGUGCUACACACUAAUAGCGAAAACUGUAAUUUCUAUAUGUUUGCUUUGCUCGAAAUCGCGCGCAUUUACAAGGCCCUAAAGCGUUUGCUGACUUGCAAGGACCCAUCUGUUAUAACGAUGCCCAAAAUAAAGAGAUGAAUCUCAUAGUUUAUUAGAUAUAAUCCGUGUAAAGUUUGCUUAUCAUUUUCGCAUAAAUUAUGACCUAAAUUUGGAAACCGCUAAAUUUCUCGAAUUGGGUCUUUGCGAUUUUGGUGAAACUCUGUUCAGCGCAAGGCACUAAUGGGCACUAUGUGUAGCCGAGAGAUUUUCACGAAAAAAUGCCGGCAACAGCAGAUUUUCGACUCAGACCUCAAAGGGGCGUGGCAUUAUAACCACGUGACAUUUACUCCGAUCGCCAAAAAUUUUAUGUUAUAUUGUAGAUUGAUCUAUAUGUUAUCCAUUCUAUGUGUUAGACUUACGAUAAAAGUAAAGGUGGGGAUACCAGAGAGCUUCAAAGUAGGAUGGUACAACCACAAAAAAACUGGGUCGAGUCACCUAAGUUUAUUAUUGUCCGUAUUUAUUAGUUUUUGUAAGGGACCUGAUGCAAUCAAUGAUGUUCCACGAAUUUACGGGGCGGUGGCAGUUUUGGUGGGGAGAUGGUGUCUAUUUCUUAAUUUCCUGGAACGCUCCUUAUUAAACGGAAAUCACGCCCUUAAAAACUCAGACCUAAAAAUUUUCUCAUCGCGUGAUCAAAGCCGUUAUGUAGCGUAAGCUUUAAGUACAGUGGAAUGGUCAAUAAAAACGUGCAACUCAGUUGCUUUGAAACAUUGCUCAGUGCAAAAACAAGCUAAAAAGCGAUAUUGCGAGUUUAUAACCACCCACGAAUGAAAUCAGUCAUGCGGCAAUUUAGGUUGUUGUACGUUGCGAAAAGUUAAUGUGUUGCUGAAAGUUGAGAGUAGUUCUAUUUUUUGCAAUAAAAUCUGCACAUGUUGUGCAUUUGAAGUACCGCGGCCCAAGGCAUAUUAACUUCUUAUGCAGCAAAUGACCUGACUCCGCAUGUUUAUGGCGUGACUCCUGGGUAAUUUUAUCCUAUCGGAACACACGACUCGUUUUGCAGCAAUGUCUCAAUUACUUACAAAACAAGUUGCAUUUUUUUGUUGGCUGUUUUACUUGUAGCCUUACAAACGAUCCCGAAAUUCGCAAAUGUCCUUUUAGUUUCAAUUGACUUUCAUGUGAGGUUCGAUGAUUUUUUUUAUGUUUGUUUGGUUUCAUUUCUUUUUCGCUGAUUUGUUUCUGCACGUGGUAAACUAAGGCAAAGAACCACCAAAAACCUUAUGUUACAAAUUUCUAAGGGAACUCUUUUUUGUCAGUGUUGACUCGAGAAGCCAUGUGAUAUUCAAAAUGGGUGCCAGUGAAGGUUUGGAAGGGAGGACAAAGGUGUUAUCUGACGACAAGUUUAGAGCUUUGAACAAGGCUCUAAAGAUCGACAAGAAGAAACCCCAAGGUAAGACGAUAAAUAUUCCGAUGAAGAACAUAGUGUCAGUAUUACAGCGAUGUUUUUAUUACAGAGGUACAGAUAGUGUGAUUAUAUCAUUAGGCACCAAGAGAGUUGUCCGUCAGUAAUAAUAAUAUUAUACAGCAAUGGUCUCACAUGGCAGUAUUUAAACAAUUAUUCCUCGAGCCCGAAUGGGCUCUGAGUCAAUAGCGGCCUCAUAGGCUUUUUACUCAGAGGCCAUGAGGGCGAGGGAAAUAAUUGUUUUAGUAAAAUCCAACUAGUUGGUCAAAGAUAUCUGGAAAAAACAACUUUAGCUAGUUAACGCUAGUCUUCAAUCCUUUUUUGCCGCCAAAAAGCCGGCGCUUUUCGCUACUAGUGGGCUAUAACAUAUAGUAGUAGCUCAACCAAUCAGAGCGCAGCAUUGAUAAUAGACCACUAGUUGGAUUUUACUAAAAGACCAUAGACUCGGCUAGAGUAUAGAAUGAAAGCGCAGGGAGGAAUGAAACGCUCUGGAUACAAUUCAGUUCUAGUAUGACACCACCCCAAAAGCCACCUGACGGUAAUGGUGUUAAUCAUGUUGAUCUACUAGGAUUUUAUCCGUUUUUUCGCCCUUUCUAUGAAACAUAGGGCGUUAGGCUAAUCAUACACUGUACUUUAAGCAACAUAUGGCCAGCACAAAGCAAUGUUAAAACCACGUGACUGUGAUGCAUUAGGUCUUGAUUCGAUAAUCAAUAUACAGUCAUGUAGUAAUGUUUUUACUAUAUUUACAGCAUCUCAGCUGAAACCAGAGGAAAUUGAUUUCCACGUAGAACAAAACCGCAAGGCUCAUAGGACUGAGGACUACGAACAUGAACAGCUAAUCAUCAGGAGAGGUCAGGAAUUUGAAGUCACUGUGAAGUUUAACAGAGAGUACAAGCCGGAUUCUGACGUCGUUGUUCUACAGUUUGUAACAGGUUUGUUUCAUAAGCCUGCGUUUCAAUUUUUUAUUUAUGUAACUAUUAAAACCAUUAUCUCAUAUGGGCUCCUGCCCAUAUAAGAAACACGAUUCUCAACCUAAGAAAAGGUUACGAACGCGCAAAAUUGAACGAAAAGCAUGGGUACUGGGUGCAUAAUCAACUACCCAAGUUUAAAGUUUGCUCAGGUCAGUAAACAGACGUUCCGAGGCCAGUAGGUCACACAAACAUCCACCGUGCUGGUAGCUAUAUCAAACUAAAGAACAGUUUUUUUGGGCUCUUUCCUGAUCUCUUGCAAAGAGAUCAACGGCAUCUGAUUUUCUCCUCGAUGUCGUAGUUUUCACUUCUGUUGAGAAAAGAUGACCCCAAGCUUGUUCCAGGCGUUCAGGAGAGUGGCGCAAAAUGGAGAGUGGAGGGGGCGGGGGUGUGGAAAGCAGAAGAAAGGAGAAGGGAGAGAGGAUGAAGGUUACUUCACCCUCUCUCCCUACCCCCACCACCUCGCUGUUGUUUCCUGUGCUCAUUUUACUUGGCCCGUAGGCUCUCGGUCAGUGCACACGAGCAGAAAAGGCGGGCGUGCAAAGAAAAAGCGAGCGAGCGAAAAAGGGCGGGAAGAAGGUGGUUUUGGCCCAACUUUUCUCCUUACGUUCUCCCUACUAUCUUACAGCCUAGAACAGGGUAAUUUAUUUUACACCUAUGUGUAAGGAAAGAGUAGCAGGUUAUAGUUAGCACUUAAUCCAACACUAUUUAACCUCACUUCGGUAAAUAACUCAGUUGUUGGACAAUUCCACCAUUCCGAAGAUGCAAAAGAAUGUUUUUUGUGACCCUCUAACGAGCCUGUAGACACGUGCAGUUUAUCUAGUCCUCUCUUUCCUACACUGCUGUGGGCCAACCAGAUAUUCUAGAAGACCCAAACGCUCAAAUUCAAAUAUAAUUUCCAAUUCUUUACAAUCUCUUUUAUUCCAAAUUGGUCUUAUAGGGAGACGCCCGCAGGAAAGCAAGGGUUCUGUUAUCCGCGCCUUGCUACGCCAAACCCUUUCUACCACCCAGUGGGGAAUAAAAGUCAAGCAGGUCAGCGGUAAAACCGUGCGUUUCACGGUCAUGCCUUCAGCGAAAGCUAUGAUUGGUCAAUACGAGGUGUUCGUGGAGACCAUAAUGAAGGACGCUGACGGAAGUAAAUUGGUGUUUAGAUACAAGGAUGACGAUAAAGUGUGCGUCCUGUUUAAUGCUUGGUGCAAAGGUUAGUGACACCCAUACUGUCUUAUAACUUCAGCCAGUGAAACUUCAGUGGGACUAACCACUUUGUAACGAACACCUUUUAGCAUAAGAAGUUCAUUCUCUUAAAGAUGUAUGCGUACAGCUGCACUGUGAUAAAAUGAGAUCGUCGGUGUCAGGUUAUUUAAACUUAUCACCAGUUCUCUUUACAAUACUCACCGUUUGAUCCUUUUCCGUUGCUUUUGUAUCUUCAGAUGAUGUGGCAUACAUGGAAAACGAUGUGGAGCGGAAUGAAUACGUCUUAGCUGAUACUGGUAACAUCUGGGUGGGGAGUUCCAGGCAUAAUACGGGAAUACCUUGGACUUUUGGCCAGGUAUUAAACGAUUACAGUCAACUCUUUCUCAAUCCUUUAAGCCCCAACAUCCACUUAAAAUUCUUCAGAUUGAUCUCCACACGCUUCCUUAAAGAAUUAGAUGAUCGUGAUUGAUCUCUUUUUGAUGCAUUGAAGUUGUUGGAAGAAAUUAUAUUACCGUAAAUCCUCCAUAAACCCUUGUCCCUUGUGAAUAACCCCGAGGGGCUUAAAAGAGGAUUUACGGGUGAUGUUGGUCACUCUUGGGACCGUUGUUAAGCAGGCAACCCUAUAAGAUGCAUGAACCCCCUCUUUAAAAACCGACAUCAGCUGUUCGUCAGCCAUUUACAGUGUCGUAUGACUGUUUUUUUUUUUUUUAAUGGGCAUGCACCUCCCUAAAACGGAGACCGUAACGACACCUUGCCUUACUCUUUGCAAGACAGACACCUGUAAGACCGUACGGUCUCUUAGUGAAAGCCCUAACGGUUUCCGUCUUACAGAGUUAACUGUAUAGCUUUCUUCUUCAUCAUUUUUCGUCGAUGUGUUAUUCAAUUGAAACAAAAAUAUGCGUAGAAUUGUUGUAAUUAGUUAAAAGACAGCCUCCCUUUCUCUCUUCUCCGACACUUUAAAAUGUUUGUAUCCUUUUUUUUCUCUUUUAUACGGACGCUUGUAUAACUCUAAUAUGAUUUGUAAAUAUAAAAAGUUUGUUCUCAUUUCAUUAUUAAACCUAAUACACCUGGAGUACAGUCAAGUAUUCUUUGUUUCUGUGAGAUGUUUCCUACGUCGACGUUUGUUAAUUUUUUUUUUCUCCUUGCUAGUUUGAAGAUGUCUCUCUAGAUUGUGCCCUCUGGCUUCUCAAUAAAGCACAUCUAUCUCCAUUUGGAAGGUCUAGUCCAGUCUCUGUGGUGCGAGUUAUCUCAGCCAUGGUAAGUAGUAGAAUCUCACUUGACCUCUCCUUAGGAAGGCACCCGAUCAAUGAGGAAUUGUUGUUUUUUGUUGUUUUGUGUCUACAACAUCGCUGGUUGUGUUUGUAAAGGACUGGUAUCCAGGUUAUACUGACCGAUUGGCGCUGAUGGGCUUUACAAGUGUGGCUGAUUAUCCUUGCCGUUAAGGAGUGUUGAUGCGGGGACCACGUCUCAUAUCCGUCAAGCUGAGUUAGAGUGGAUGGUAAAAAAAUUGCCCCGCAAUAGAAGGUGCCUCACAGAGACGCAAGCAUAAAACACAGCACCGCAAAAUAGAGCGAUUUCCAAGUACUUAGGCUUGUGUGCACGCUAGCGAAAUAGGAGACAAAAGCUAAGGCACAAGUACAGGAAACUAAGACAUGGUACGGUUGCAGUUCAACCCUUCUUCACCCUGCUGUGUGGGAUUUUAUAUAUCUAAUUUGUUUUGGUUAUUUCUAGCGCCAAUCGUUUAUUCGCAACCCAGAAUCGAACCCAGGCCUUCCGUAUGCUAACCUCUCUAACGUACCACUACGCUACGAAGCGGACCCGCCAAAUUUCCGAAGAAAUUUAAGCACCCAUCUAAUAUACUAUCUUUCAUUAACUGAUGCAUCUGUAACAGGUGAUCGUAACCCUUACCAUAACUUUUAACGAUAACUCAACUUGGUCUUAUACGGUAAGCCUUUUUGUGAAUUCUUCAUGUAGGCUAAUUACAAUGACAGCGAUGGGGGCAUCCUGUUUGGUCGUUGGACGGAGACAUACCCCAAAAACACUACCAAGCCAACCGCUUGGACCGGAAGUGUGGAAAUAUUAGAAAAGUUUUGGAAGAAAAAGUUCAAUGUGAAGUACGGACAAUGCUGGGUCUUCUCUGGAUUGGUCACAACACGUGAGUAUUUAAAAGAAUGAUUGUCCACAUGUUGUGCGGACAAUCGGACGAAAAGAGCGAACCUGGUGUUUAACUUACAAAAGCUUAGGAUACAUCAGUACCUGAAACGUGAGUUAAAAAGAACGUGGAGACCGUCUUCAGCAUAAAACGGUUAACAUGGCUGAAGCCACACCGGCAGUUCGCAAUUAGAAGGUAACUAGGUUUACCGAUUCAAAGUAUCGGUGAUGAUGCAGGUGAUGAUGAUGAUGAUGAUAACAGAUUCCAAUGUUAAACGAGCCGCGGACUCCUUCAAACUAGAACGGAGGCGGCCUUUUGUCUUAAGACUUGUAGUCUUUUCGAUGGAAACUUUACAAGAACAAUCUUCUCAUGUCUUUUCUUAACUAGAUGAACUUAUUUAUUUAUUUAUCUAUUUUAAUUUGUAUUCCGUACAUAAACAUAUUCUUUCUCUUCUAUCAGUGUUGCGAGCACUGGGUCUACCCACCCGUAGCGUGACAAACUUUGAGUCAGCCCACGACACGGACGGCAGCAUGACUAUCGACUUCCAUUUUGACGAGGAAGGGAAUCCUUUGAACGAUCUCAAUGACUCCAUCUGGUGAGAUCCCAAUUAGCAGAGUUAUCGUUUCCUUUUUCUGCCUCUCCCUCCUUUUUUCAAUCUCGUUUAAUGACUCUUUGAUUGGUCUAUUUGGGGGUCUAGAUUAGGCUCAGCUCAAAAGAUGAGAAUUAUUAAAAACGUUUACCGUCACUGCUGGGAAAUGACGUUUUGUUCAACCAAAGAGAUCGAAGAUCUAUAGAAUUUCCUAACAGCUGCAAAAUGGGCUAAAAUUUUAGAUGAUAGUUAAGAAAUCGCCACAACUUAACUUAUUGUUGAGAAAUAUUUCAGCACUCUCAUCUAGAUGCUUGUCACUCCCGAUUAUCUAAACUUGCCGACACAGCAAAAGACAAAAACACUAGUUGUUGAGGCUUAAGGUUUUCCUCUUAAUGGAAAGGAAGUCAGAAAUAAUUUACCUCUCACCGGGUCAUUCUCAGGAACUUUCACGUCUGGAACGAGUCAUGGUUCAAGCGCACUGAUUUACCAGACGGACAUGAUGGAUGGCAAGCGCACGAUGCCACUCCCCAAGAGACAAGUGAAGGUAUGCAUUUUCAUCCUGUUUCUUAAAGGAAACCUCCACUGUCAUAAGAAAUUGACCCUUCUGAGAACUCGUUUCGUCACGUUGCCGUAGUAGCAAAAUUUUCUGGAUCUAACCUUGGUCCUGCAAAUAAUGCGGGGGAAAAAAAAACGAAAAAAGUGACAUGAAUGACUUUACUGUGCCUGAUUGCACUCAGGAACAAAACGGUAGUCCAUACUAAUUUUCUUCUAUCGUUCUACAAUGCAAAUGGUCGUCUCUGUGAAGAAGGAAUGUUAAGAUCCAGCAAUCUUGCUACCAUGGUAACGUGACGUCAAACGUCUCCUCUCUAUUGUGGCUGAUGUUCAGUACUUUCGUUUUAUUUCUCUCAGGUGUGUUCCGCUGUGGCCCGGCUUCCGUGAACGCAAUUAAGAAUGGAGAGGUGUAUCUACCUUAUGACACUGGCUUCAUAUUUGCUGAAGUGAACGGUGAUCGCGUGUAUUGGGACGUGGAUGAUGAUGAUGGGUCAAUGAAGGCGCAUUACAUCGACAAAUAUAGCAUUGGCAAGUAUAUCAGUACCAAAAUGCCGGGUUCAACCGCGAGGCUUGAUGUGACCAGAGGUUACAAACAUCCAGAAGGUACAUUCAGUAAUUUUUUUUUAUCUCGGUUUAGCAUUUAAACUGUGAAGGAUUUUGGUGGUGGUGUUGAUGAUGAUGAUGGUGAUGAUUGUAGUGAUGUUUAUGAUGAUGAUGAUGAUGAUGAUCGUGGUGAUGGUGAUGAUACGCUGAGUGAUGAUCGAUGCUGAUGAUGCUAAUGAUGAUAAUGAUGGUGAUGAUCGUGGUGAUGGUGAUGAUACCCUGAGUGAUGAUCGAUGCUGAUGAUGCUAAUGAUGAUGAUUAUGGUGGUGGUGGUGAAAAUGAUGACCGUUUUUAGCAUAGUUCUUUAGAGUGAAGCGCAGCCUGUUGCUAAUUCUCCGUGAAUUUACAAGGCCUGGUCAUCUUUUGAUAAGUAACUGCGGUCAGUUUAAGAAUCAGGCAAAGAAAUAUGGACGCCGAUUAACUUCAUCGCUCAUAUUCAUUUUCGGUUAAUUUGCCAAAUGUUGGUUAAAUGUUUUCGAGUUGAAUCCGCAAGGACCGUAUCUAGGUUUAGAAGAAAAUAAAGGAAAUUUUUGUGUUGUGUUCUCUUACUUCAUAAAGCGGGGGUGUGAAAUUAGGAAUUUUCAUGUCGCCGUCGUGCAACGACGGCUAAGAAAUGUACAAAAAACCGUGAUGCACUUGCAAAGUUGUUGUUUUGCUUUAUUAAACUAUUGCUUUUUACCCGUUUUCGUUGCCGUCGCCGUCGUCGUUGCUUAAGCUCCCUAUUGUUGUAAUCCAUGGUUACGUGACGUCACACCUCUCUCUAUUACCUGAGGGAAGAACGCGAAGCGUUGAAAAAAGGGCCCAUUCCCAUACGAUACGACAUUUGGUUAAAUUACUAAUAUUGUACCCGACCUUCUCAAUUUACACGCGCGCUUGUGUCUUGUUAACAGGCUCCCAAAAGGAAAGGGAUGCUGUUGAAUUCGCUAACAAGUUUAGCACCCGAAGAGAGUUCGACAUUUACAAGGCAGACAAAGAGGACGUUCAGUUUUCUUUGCAAGUUGCUGAUGAUAUCGAUAUCGGAGACAGCUUUGAUGUCAAAGUCGUUGUGCAGAACAAGUCCAACGAAAAGAGAACUGUGAAGUUGAACAUCACUUCGGUUUUAGCUUUCUACACAGGAAUGCCAGCCAGAGACCUUAAGCAGAAAAGAGAAACUUUGCAUCUUGCUGGGAAAGAAGGUACAGUCACACCCUGUUAACACGGAUACUGGGAGGGGGGGGAGGGGGAGGGGGGGCGAUAGAAAGUGUACGUCUUAAUGGGCGAUCCGUAUUAGGGGGUUCCCGAAUUAGAGAAAAUGUAAGAGCUUUCUUUCCCCCAGGCAAAAACCAAACUGUCCCUAAUAAUGAAGUGUCCGUUGUAAGUAGGUGGUCGUAAAACGGAGUUUGUAUUUAUGAUUACUGCAAAUGUUGAUCACUCACUUAGAUUUACUUUCAUAAAAUUGUUCACGUAAAAGUUUGUCUUUGUGGGAUAUAUAACAAAUCACUUCAUGUUUGGUCCCUGGAGAAACUGGUUAAUUUUGUUUCCCAAGAAUCACAAUUUUUUUCUUUGCCCCGCCUCGGAAAGUACUGUAAAUCCUUUUUUGCCACCAAAAAGCCAGCGCUUUUCGCUACUAGUGGGCUAUAACAUAUAGCCUAGUGGUAGCUCAACCAAUCAGAACGCAGCAUUUAUUGUAGACCACUCGCUGGUUUUCACUAAUUAGCCGUUUUGGUCUGAAAUAGGGUAUGGUUUGUGAACUCUAGUCCUUAGGUAGGCACGUAUUCUGUAUUUAUGAAGGCCCAUUAUGCAACCUGCUUCAUAGUGUGGAAUUUUAAGCUCGAAACUUUGUACAGUUGUAUCCUACUUAAUAAAAGGGUAUAAACGUUGCCUUUAAUAUUGGUCUGACCUAGGGAACUGAUGAUAAGGCAGGUCCGAAAUAGGGUAUUGAUUUAAGGGUCAGGUCUCAAAUAAGGUAUUAAAUUUUUGAUCAAGUCUGAAAUAGGGUAGGGAAAAUCACAGAUUUUUGUCUGAAAUAGGGGAAGGGUUUCAAGGGUUUCAAGAAGCGUGCCGAACACCCCCACCCAAUUUUUCUGGAAGUAUCUCCCCCCGGUUGUGUACAUAUAGCCUAAUAGAGCGCGCUGUUGAGAAAACAAUUUCUAGCCAUGAAAGGUUUGAACCCAGGAGUCAUUUCAAAAGUAGGUUGAGUUUGAUCGUCCGGGUGAACGUAGUCCUGAGUAGGACUGUUGUUGUUGACAGUGACCGACGUUUCUACAACCUGUACUUUAGUCAUCUUCAGAGUAAAAGUGAGUUGUAUCACAUCAGUUGAUGGUAUUAUACUCUGGCAAAACAGCCUGUAUCAUGUAACAGAAUUUGAUUAUCAAUAUCUCUGAAAAUACGUACAUCGAAAGCGCUUACUUACUAAUUUCUCCUCAGAAUUGAGGUGUUCGAAAAACGGAAAAUCCUUAUUAAUAAUCUUAUGUAUAUGAAGCUGUAUGGAAGGUUGGUAAUUACGUUUAAUAUUUAUGUUUAUUCCCUAGAAAAAAGCGUGAUUUUAAAGAUCGCAGCCGCAGACUACAUUGGAAAGUUGGCGGCAGACGGAAACAUUAAGCUGUUUAUCAAAGGAACGGUCGCGGAGACGGAACAGAGGUUCGCUACCCAAGAUGUGGUGGAAAUGAGAAAACCAUCAAUGACCGUCACGGUAAGAGCCCCCUCCCCCUAUAGGAAUGACGGUGUUACUGGUCUUAACCCUUUAAGAUUUUCUAAGGAGAGGUGCUACUACGGUGACAUGACCUCAAAAUCACCUCCAGUGACGUCACCACCGGAGUUGUAGUAGGGCUUUCCCGCCGGCUGAGCGUUGUUUUCUGGUACGAAGAAAUGCCUUGAUUACCGUACUCCUAAAUAUGUCAUUAUUAACCGGCAUAUGCUGUACCAGAAAACAAGGCUACAGUUGGCGGCAAAGCAGCACUACAACUUGGAUCCUGACGUCACCGGAAGUGAUUUUGACGUUACGUCGCCGUAGUAGCAUCUCUCCGUAGCGAAUCUUAAAGUCCCUAAUAUUCGUGGAUUAAUACGGCUUGGAGUACUUAAAUUUCAAAUGACUAUAUAGAAUUAUUUAUCGUUGUAUCGUUUAAGUUGGCUUCCAUCUGACAUUUAAGAGGCCCUGCGCCUAAGAAACGACCGAUGAUUUCCGGCUAAAAAAUAAAAUCGGCCGAUUUUUAUCUCACAAGUAGAGGUUACCGAAUACUAUUCAAAAAUGAAUUUCUUUUGUUUCAGUUUCGCUUUAAACGAGAAAUAUCGAGCCGCAAACUUUUUCCGUCUGAUAGCAGCCAAAUCAGGCCUAAAAUAAGCCCUCGCAAAAAACGGUUCAGAAAUCACUAUCGCAACGCAAAAUAAUGAGAAAACUACACAGUGAUGAAGAAAAAGGCCUUUUAAUGCAAUAUCAUUCGAUGAACAUCGAAAAGCGGCCGAAGUGAAUAAAAAAUGAAUUUUCAAAUAUUGCAUACUAAAUUAGAUAGAGCGCUGGAGCUGAUUUUAAAAUAAUUAUUUAUCAAAAGUCCAACGCUGUUGAAAGCAAUCACAGUGAUGAAUCAGACAUUGGAGGAAUAUACAUUACGAUUCUGGAAAAACAUUUUUCGGCCAAAGUAUAUUGACGUUGUACAAAACGUUCAAAGUUACCGUGUUUACUGUUAUCUUGCUACUUCGGCGAAACACUUCUCUGUUGCCAAUACGGCCGUGGAUAGCGUGGUAAACACCACUUUAAUCCUUGCUAGGCGCUCAGAGACCAUCCUAAGUAGAAGAACGUAGAAUUGAAAGAGAAAGGAAGAUGAAAAAUAGGCAGAAAAAGAAAAUAACUGAAAAUUACCAUCUGCUGACGAAACUUGAAUCUGGAAAAUGUCGUCGCGUGACGGCGGCCAUUGACGUCAUUUGUCUAAACGGCGGCGGAAUCUAACGAAUGCACAAAUAGGAAAACAACUUCUUCGCGGCCAGAAAGCAUUAAGUGAAACAAUGUAAUGUUAUUUUUUCUCAAGCGAUGGUGACUUAAAAAGAAAAAGUUCCCGAACCGCCGCACCGUUUUGGCCUCAGCGUGAUCUGAGCGUUGUGGGGUCACGAGUCGACGCUUCUGGCCAGCGGUCUAUUGAAAGAUAUCUGACCCGAUGUUUUUUUUUACUCGGGCGAGAAUCAUUCAUGUCGAUGUCCAAUGUCUGCCUUCAAGGGAAAAAAGAGAGAUGUUAGAGUACUGUCGCUCCCAGGAACGAGGAACAUCUUGGUCGCGAAAACUGAGUUUUUUUUCCUCAAAGGACUAGUAUCUGGCGCUAUAAAAUGUAGCCAACAGAUUCAAUUCUUAACACACUGAUUAGCCCCGCGUUUAGUAUUUUCUUGGACAUCAAAACUUCGGGAGUGACGCUAUUCAGUGGAAUGGCGGACUGACGGAAUGAUGGAACGGAAUGGCGGAAUACACGGAAUAUUCUAAAAUAUGGAAUCAUGGAAUACUCUAAAACGCAGGAUAAGAGACAAAUCGUUUAAAAAGCAGUCGACUCCAACAACCCGAACCCUCGCUACCGACUCGAACCUCGUGCUAACUCGAAGUAAUACUAAUUUUUGUUUCCCUUCAGAUCAUUUCUAUAUAAUUUUACCCUCAAUAACUCGAACCAUGUUUUAAGCGCGUGACAAGUAAAAAAAUUGAAGCUAAUUGACUUACCGUAAUGACUCGAUUUAGCGCCGAGGCAGCUUAUUUACUUUUGGUGCCUUAACAUGCUCAAGGGAGGACGCUUAUUCGGGACAGGGCGCUUAUUUCUUUGUAGAGAAACAACCAAAUGUUAAAAAAAAAAAGCUUUAUUAUUUAUUUAAAAACGAACAAUCUUUGAAACUGAAACAGUAACAAAUACUGCCGGCGGUGAAUGCUCAGUUAACGUGAGGGACUUACCUUGAAACUCAUGUUGGGCAUUUGCCGAUGGAACUUUCCUUCCUUAUAUGUCACUUUUCUUAAAAAGAACUCGCAGUAAGAACAAAGUGCAAGUCAAUUAAGGUAAUGGAUCAAGGAGACUGGAAAACGGACUUGUUGUCCCUGGAUUCUUCCUCGCCAGAACGACCAGCCGAGCAAUCGCCACAAAAUUUGAAACAGAGAUCAUUCCUUUGAAGACUUUAUGCACUCACAUGGACAUAAAACCACUGUUUUUGUAAUGUGGAAAUACCACGUUCAUUUGUGAGCUAUUAAAUGAAGAUGAACCUCGGUUGAUACGUACCCGAACUCUUAUAUAAUAUUAGAAUGGGAGCGCUUAUUAAAAAAACACAUUUGAAGGGGGCGCUUAUUCGAAAGGGGGAACGCUUAUUGGAAGGAGGGCGCUAAAUCAAAUAACUGUUUUGGAGGCCAUCUUGACGGUUAAACAACCGCGUGAAAAUAUACAGUGUUGUGUGUAAUUUUUUCUCGUUCUUGCCGACUAAAAUUUCCCAGGAAAAUUGCGGACAAAUGUCUGGAAAAUCUAAAGAAAGCGACCGGACAAAUUUAGGCGCAGGUGCGGCCACCAUUAAUUGUUAGUAUAAUCCCGUCAAGCUUAAGUUGACAAUUCUUUUUUUUAGAACAGCCGUUUUAUGAAAAUUAUCGGACAUUAGAUUCCCGUGAUACAAGCUAAGACCCUUCACCCGUCAAGAUGGCUUUCAAAACCGUCAUAAGGUCUAUAGUGUGGCUUACGGCAGUACAAAAAUUUCUUUCUUUUAUAUUUCAAAACAACCGAGUAUUCUUUGCCUCUGCCUUUUUGUCAGUCCAGUUCAAAUCAAAUACAGAAUAUUCUGUAUAUUCCAUGUUUUAGAGUAUUCCGUAUAUUCCGUAUUUAACAAUAUUACAUGUAUUCCGCCAUUCUGCUGAAUAGGGUCACCCAAAUAUCGGGGAGGACAUCAUAAAAAAGGAUAGGAGACCGGUAGGAUUUUUAAAUCGAUGAAAGUGCCUCACUCAUUUUGCAACUUCAUUUUAUAAAAUGCUUCAGAAUUUGUUCCCACAAUAAUAUUUACGAUAUUUAGAUAAUAAUAACCAAUGCACUACGCACAACUUGUCAUAUAAAAUUGGACAGCAUACCAUGCACUCAAACUCUUGCGCAGGAAAGUUGCAGAAUGAAAUUAUUUUUGCUGCACUCAGUCACAUUCCUUUACAAGUUCUGAAACCUUGGCUAAAAGGUCUCUUUUUAGAUCUCUAGAUUUGUAAGGUAUUUCGAAAUACCCGCAAAUGUCUUUGAGAUAAACAAACACGCGAGAUGGAUACAACUUUAAGUAAGCGUGACCGAAAAUAAAUGCGGUAUCAGUAUUUCGUCGAUUUUUGACACGGUAUUUCGGUAUUUCCCAAUUUUUCUUAAGGUAUUGCGGUAUUGGGUACCCCCAAUGCCCCCCCCCUAGCAUGGCGUUGCUCUCCAAUUUAGGUCCGCUGACCUCUACACGCGCUGACCCGUAACGUCCGUUGGAAUGUAUGUAACGAAAUACAUGCAGCCCACAUUCAAAGCACUUGGAGUGAUGCUGAAUUCAUCAUCAUUAAUAGGAACAACAUAAAGCUGUUUCACUUCACGAUUUCUGGUGAUAGAAAGAUUGUUUUUUUUUUAACUUAUAUUUCACGCAUUUGUUUGGAUUCCGCUCCAGUUUGGGCAAAUGAACGCUGUCACGCGACAACAUUUCCAAGAUUCAACUCUCCUUAGAAGAUGGUAAUUUCGAGUUAUUUUCUUUUUCUGCGUAUCUUUAAUUUUCCUUUCCUUUUUAAUUCUAUAUACUUCUACUUAGGAUGGUCUCUGAGCGCCUAGCAAGGAUUAAAGUGGUGUUUACCACGCUAUCCACGGCCGUAUUGGCAACAGAGAAGUGUUUCGCCGAAGUAGCAAGAUAACGGUAAACACGGUAACUUUGAACGUUUUGUACAACGUCAAUAUACUUUGGCCGAAAAAUGUUUUUCCAGAAUCGUAAUGUAUAUUCCUCCAAUGUCUGAUUCAUCACUGUGAUUGCUUUCAACAGCGUUGGACUUUUGAUAAAUAAUUAUUUUAAAAUCAGCUCCAGCGCUCUAUCUAAUUUAGUAUGCAAUAUUUGAAAAUAUAUUUUUUAUUCACUUCGGCCGUUUUUCGAUGUUCAUCGAAUGAUAUUGCAUUAAAAGGCCUUUUUCUUCAUCACUGUGUAGUUUUCUCAUUAUUUUGCGUUGCGAUAGUGAUUUCUGAACCGUUUUUUGCGGGGGCUUAUUUUAGGCCUGAUUUGGCUGCUAUCAGACGGAAAAAGUUUGCGGCUCGAUAUUUCUCGUUUAAAGCGAAACUGAAACAAAAGAAAUUCAUUUUUGAAUAGUAUUCGGUAACCUCUACUUGGGAGAUAAAAAUCGGCCGAUUUUAUUUUUUAGCCGAAAAUCAUCGGUCGUUUCUUAGGCGCAGGGCCUCUUAAGAGUCUGCGACGGUCUUUCGACCUCUGUGUCUGCGGAGGCGGAUAAAAUAAUAGACGGCGGUGACUAUUUGCCUCAGUAAAGUUUUGUUAUACGCUGGUUCCGAUCCAGAUGGGUUUUUUUUAUUAGAGUGCCUCAAGCCACUUUUUGAAUUACAUACCGUACCUCUAGAACGAGGGUAGAAUUGAUAUCUCUUUUGGGUGAAAAAGUGAAUUCAACCCAUUUCUCCAAGGCGAUCUUCUGAUACCUUUUAUGAGGCAGUGCACUGAACCACUCCUCCCAGAACGCAAACGGUGUUGCAUUCAUGUCAAACUGACUGAAGACAAACGAGGUCUUAGGGAACUAUAGAUCAAUACUUAUAGAUGUUAAAGUAUAAAGUAUUUCUUAAGCACUCAGUUUCAUUAUUAGCCCUUGGUUCUUGUAAUUGGGCGACCAUUUUCUUCUUCUGGCAUUAUCUAAAUUCUCUUUUUUUUAAUCUUCUUAGGUGUCCCCGAAAUCAGCAAAGAGAGGUGAUUCGGUGCAUGUUAAAGCGUUCUUCAAUAAUUCGUUGCCAGUGCCCCUGAAAAAUGGAAAGUUCCACUUUUCGGUCAGCGGGAUGUAUCCUAAGUCAAUGGAAGUUGAUUGCCCGUGAGUAUUCAGAGCGUUUUAGUGUUGUUUACACUGAAAUUAUGAAUAUAUGAAAAUCAUAUAUGUGAUCAUGAACUGGGGAGCGAAGAAUUACUUGAAGGAAGAUCAUCGCAGUUGUAUACACAACUUAUGCAGUUGCGAAAAGAAAUCCUGAAAGAAAAAUUCAGGCUUGUAUGGGAUUCGAACCCUUGACCUCUGCGAUACCAGUGUAGCGCUCUACCAAUUAAGCUAACAAGCCAACUGGGAGCAGCUCGUUGAAUUGGUUCGCGAUAAACCCGUUAAAGGAAGAUGAUGAAAUUAUGAAUAUAUGAAAAUCAUAUAUGUGAAUUGCGGAGCGUUAUUGGUGUCCGGAGAAAGAUGUAAUGGCAAUUAAUUUCAGCCAGAUUCUUUGCUCAGUCACCCUGGGUACAGAUAAUUAAAUUAAAGGUUUGAGAUUGCAAUGAGUACCUAGCAGCAAAUUAAUCACACUUUACACUUUAGCAGUCUUUAGUAGUUGUACGUACAUGUGGAAUGAACGGGAAAUGAAACUGACUUGCUGAACGAAAAAUCUUGAGUUUGCUCUUAAGCCAGUGGGUGCCUUUAUAUUCUAUUAACCGGAAAAUUUCUUUGGUCGCGGUUUUUUACUAAAACGUCAGUUGGUCAAGGCAAAAUUUGUUUGUUUGUUUUUUUAAUUGAGGAAAGCGAUUUUUAGUUUUUAGUUUUGCAAGAUAAUAGGGAACUCGCUUGCGAACUCAGUGUCGAAGUGCGUUCAGGUGAAUUCGGAUUGGCUUAGAGUUGUUUCGAUGCUCGCAACGCACGUGCCACUUUAAACCUUUUAGGUAUUACUUCUAUCUCUUUUGUAUUUACAUUUUCGAUUUAUUACCCCCGCAGGUAUUUCGCCUAGAGGGCGAAAUCCCAAGGAGGCAUCCUAGUAGCUCUCGCGUAUAUAGGAAAGUACUUUCUGUUGAAAUAUGCAGUCUGAGAGUGCUUUAAUCAAAGCUGCUUAAGUCGACGAGAAUCAGUGCAUGAAAUCUUGCGAUUUCUGCUAAAUUUUAUCCCACCUAUUAUAAGGAAUAGGUUUAUUUCAUAGAGCCACACAAAGACCAAGUAUGCAUGCGCAAUUUACCCCUGUGACAACGUAACAUACAGAGCGGGGACAGCUGUAGUGUCAACCACUUUACUAGUUAUAGAUUUAGCAGACAACGCAACGGCAGUUACGAUGGCGCGCACAAUUAUUUAAACCGACUUGGCAAUUGGUUGAUCAACCUCAUUUCCUGAGGCUGCGAUCCUUUUGGUCAGCCCCAAGGACCCCGAAAGCUCUGGGGACGAGAUUGUUUGUAGAACGGCAAGUUGAGCACCAGAUCACUCCUUUCCGCACGCCUUCGCGUCCUCAUUUAACUGGCUGCGUUGUCUUCAGUUUGCAGUAAUUCUACAUGAACUCAUUUCCUAUGUAAGCAUAAAACUAGGGUAUCUUUAAAUACUUACUUGCCGUGUCAAUUUUUCUUUUUUUUUUUUCUUUUUUUUUUUCAGAGGACCUGUGGCUUCUAAGAAGGAAGCAAAGGCAGAGGUUUCCUUCACAGUGACACGAGGAUGGAGGACUUCAGUUGUGGUCAGCUUUACGUCAGAUCAGCUAUCUGGCGUCCGUGGAAAUUCUGCUGUCAAUGCUGUCAAUGCCCAACGCCAGGAGUUUAAAGCGUUCCCAGCCUAAAUUUGGCCCAAAUCCCGGCCAGGAAUUUUUGCCAAAAUCCCAGUUUUAGAGUUUUCGGUGUAAAAACGGCGUUAUUUGCAUUGACUUACUUGAUUUCUAGUACCAUUUUGCGAGAAACCUUUUCCGAUUCUUGAAAAAUUCAUAGGGCUCUUUGCUUUUUAAUUGUUCAUCCCAUUCCCAGUGUAAAUCCCAGUCCCAGUUUUCCCAAAAAUAAGGCUUAUCAUUUUUUUACUUGCGUUUUACAGAUAUUUUCAUAGGGCUUUCCUUUUUUUUUUUUUCUCUUUUUUUUUGCUUGGAGAAUUUUGCUUACGGUGGUGUUGUUGGGAAGUGACAGGCGAUUUUUUUUUUUAUGAAUCAAACGUGGUAACAUUGAAGACUUUGCAAGAUUCUUAAUACAUUCAUGAUAUCUGUACAAUCAUUUUUAUCUUAUAAGUAUUUUAAUGCUUACAUUCUUGCUUAUUUUUUUUUUUGUUUUUUGGCUUGAAUUUUUAGCCAUUUGUUUAAUCGGUCUUUAGGGAACGUGUUCUUUUUUUACGUCUACCGUGUCGUUUCAGGUUCCAUCCUUUAUCCGAAUUUUGAUUUCAUUCACUUUAUAAACCAUUUAGUUUACUUAGUUUCAAUGUUCUUUUUUUUUUCGCAUAAAACCCCUUCUGAAUUGAGAUUGCAUACUCGAAUAAAUAAAGUGAUAUUCUUUCACGAAUAUCUUUAUAAUGGUUUCUUGUGUUUGAGUCGAUUGUUCCGUUAUCUUUUAACAUUUCUAAGCACUGAAUGUAGUAUGCGAAAUACCCUCAUGAAGGAAGACAAAAUGCAAAGUGCAUGAAAGAGGCCUAGCCUGUACGACGAGAGAAUUAAAAUUGCUACAGCAUUUUGCAUAAAUUCAAGCUCCGAAGUGCGUCUAGCCUGCGUAGCAAGCGUUUCUGUUUGGUUUCGGAGCAAAGAAAGACCGAGGAACGGGAUUCUCGGUUUCGGCCGCGCGAGAAAUGAAACAAGAGCCAAAAGAGCCAUUUUUCUCGCGGUGUUUGACUCUCGUUCCUCGUUCUCUGCUCCUAGACCGCACGGAAACGCUUGCUACGCAGGCUAAAGCGCGUCCAGAGAAAAAAUGAGAAUUUAAAUUUGAUAUUGAUUCCUUUCAGAAGAUUUGCUAGAAUAAGCUAGGACCUUUCUCCUGCCUGUGAGUUUAUGUUGCUACGCAGGCGCUCAAGUGCAUCAAAUGAGUUUAAGAGAACAUAUUAAAUACAAUCAACAAAAGUGUUUUCUUCCCGUUGAAUUACCUGAUAUGGCUGAGAAGGCUCAAAACAGGUCUAUGGCCUUACUUCAGAACACGAGAGCACCAGAUUUGCUUUGCGUCGAAAGAGCAAUUUAGGGUUAACUUCUGUCUUUGGUGCACUUCCCUUAAAACUUGGUGCACUAAAUUUCAGUCUCCUCUCCUGAAUUUUCUCUUGAAUAACCUUGAACAAGAGCCAUAAUAGGCCUAUUAUGGCUCUUGCCCUGAAUUACUUCCAUCUCAGUGGGUUCCAGUCCUCGCUCCUAAUUAUUUUCUUCCGCGACGCGCAAGCCGGCAAGCCGGUCGAAAGCAGAAGGGCAUCGAGCCGGCGCCAGACCCACCUUUCUCCUUCCUAUUUUUUAAGCUUCGACCACACAGGCUAGCUGAAGAUAAGUCCGACAGUUAACAUUUCAGAAACAAAAUAUACUAUUAUGGGAGAUAAAAACCGGGACAAAGGGCGCUUUCCAUUCAACCCAAAAUUCCGGUAAUUUCGGUUGGUACAUCAAAUGGGACCGGAAUAUACGGGACCAGCUUUGAGGGUGGUCCACUGUGACAGGUCUGGUCAUUUCGGUCGGUCGGACCGAAAUGUCCCUUUCCAUUUGCCAAAACUGUUGUCCCCAGUACCGCUCUUUUCUAUCCUGCUUACAAGACCAAGUAGUUUCCAACGGGGAGUGAAGUGCUGUGAGUAAAGCAUGACAUGUCAAAUAGUUUGAAUCAGUUACAAUUUUUUUCGAUUUUUGAUAUUUGCCAUUAACAGUGUCAAAUAACUGACGCAACACGACACGUAGGUGAAAAAAGUGUGUGAAAUCAAGCUACAGUUGUAUAAAAGUCCGUGAGAAUCAGCGUUGUCUGAAACCUGUCGACGAUAUUGAACUAAAGCAAUUUAUCAAUUAAGCUGAAAUGAAUACAACAAAGCCUGGCUGAAUACAAAUUGGCUAAAACACCGAAUUUAUUUACCGUACAGUUCCAGGAAUUGCUUCGAAUCGUUCGAAUAUUCUAACUAACGUAUCGCUUCAAUUCACAAUAAUUUUUUACCUUCACUUGCUUUCAUAGGCUUUCUACACGAAAUAGGAUUCCUCCGCCUUUAGUUUUCCACCGCCCCUUUUCGACAGUCGAGUGUUCCUUAGGAUAUAAACAGUAUUUACUUUUCUCUUUUAGAGCGUAAUUAUGAGUGUAUACCUGCCAACUUUUUCUGAGAUAUAAGCGUGAGAUUUUUAUCCUGGGAGUGCUGGGAUUUUUGAAGACAACACGAUCAUUUCCGAAGAUUCCCGAAGAAGUCCGAAGUCUCCCGAAGACGUCCGAAGUCUGACGAAGGCGAAGUUAUCGAGAAAACGCUUAUCCACAAAAUCAGAGAUCGCGAGGAAGGUAUUGUCAUUUAUUCAUUUUACACAUGGUUUUCGUUCCUUAGAUGGCUGAGCUAACAUAUUUUUGGAAAUUGUGUCAAGCAAGACGGCAACAACUCACAUUUUUCAAUCAGGCGAGAGAAAUUGGCCCGCAAGCGUGAGCCGGCGUGAGAUCGAGUGAGCUGAGAAGCCACAAUAACAAAACGCGCGGUGGCUUGGGUCGGGUCUGUGCAACCGGAAUGUACCGUUCCAUUGAGCAUGUGAAGUUUCCGAAAUUUCAAACCGAAAUUUUCAUGGAAUUUUUGUUGAAUGGAAAGCGUCCAUGAAAACCUGAUAGAGUACCACCGUCGGUAAAUUCAAGUGAACUUUCCUCGCAGCCACGCUUUAUUCUUUUGUCACGUACGUGUGAGCCUCGUUGCGUGAAAAGCGUCGCUUCAGCUUUUAGAGAGUGUGCUCCAAGUCGCGAGCAAGUCUAAAGAGGUUUUAAAAGACUAAUAGAGAAUGCCACGAAGAAGCACUCGUAGGUCAGGAGGUAGCUCAGGAAAACCUCCAAAAUCUCCUGCAAGCAGUCCAGAGUAAGUAUUUAAGUAUUUUAUUAUUAAACUUCCGCGUGUUUAGUUGUUCAGCAAUAUUCAUAGGCUUGCAAUUUAGCAUCAUAAACGGUCCAUUCUCGCUUCUCUCUUUAUCGAUUGCAUUUAGAUUUUAGGAACCUUUUCCCUCACUUAUUUACCAAGCUCUCGAUGUAAAAAAUCUAAUACUCACACUUCGCUCUCGUGAAAAAAACUGAGCUCGACUUGUAGGCAAGUCUGAUUCAUACUCUGCUUUCAGUUAUAUAUGCAAAUUGCCGCAUGGUUAACGUCUGGCUGGGGGGUUUCCCGGUUUUAAGCGCAUCUUAAAUGUACAGGAACCAGUUAUUGCUCUGCAAAAUGUUCUCUAACAGGCCUUUUUUUGUUUUCUGUCUCAAGCAUCUAAAUGUUUAUUUGCAAAGUUAUUUCCGCCCUUGUCACCUAUGUUCACAUUUGGUCCAUUUGAAUGGUUCAGUGACUGGGUUUACAAAAGUGAAACUAGCCUGUGUACAGCCGCUCCGGCUGUACACAGGCUGAAGUGAAACUAAGUACAUUAUUCAUGAAAAGUUGUAUCAGUCAUGACAGAUUUAAGAGUGUAGGGAGGAUGUUACGUUUGCCUUCUGAAUUUCUUUAUAAUUGAACGAUUUGGUCUCGUUUCUUGGCUCCAGGCGACCAGUUUUCCAUUUUUGGCGACCGUGACAAUAGCUAGAAGGGCGCGGCUCAAGUCUAGGCACAGGUGGCCCAAACUCACGUUGCGAGGGAAGGUUGUAAUGUAAUUUACAUAACAUUACAUUACAUAACUUUGUAUGAGAAAUAUAUUACUGAGAUCUGCGCACGCUAAAUAACGGAAAACCUUACUUUCUCUUAAAUGAAUUAAAUAAAAAAGACUUACCUGCAAUGCAUUCCACUACGUUUUGGUGUCUGUUUGUCGUUUUACUGUUUUUUUGGCUUUAUUGCGUAACCACUGUUACUCCUUUCAUAGAACGAAGUAAGGUUUUGCGUUAUUUAGCGUGCGCAGAUCUCAGUAAUAUAUUUCCAGUGUAUUCCUCAUACAAAGUGUCUUAUAUUUUCAACAGUCGCCUGCAACGCGACACCGGCGCGUCACCUAUGUUAUGUAAUUUAAAUUACAACCUUCCCUCGCAACGUGAGUUUGGGCCGCCUGUGGUCUAGGCAGGUUUUACGCGUCACUGAAUACGGUGUAUUAUUUGUACUUGACAUCAAAGACUUACAUAAGGUUAUGAAAGUUUACUCGCCACACACUAAAGCUAGAGAGACUUUCGCGAUAACCGUAAAAGUGAAGAAGCCUCCCGCGCAGAUUUGCGUGUAAGAACAACAAUGAGACUGGAUGAUAAAUCCACUUAUAUCCCAUCUUGACGACCCGAUGCUGUUGAUAUUUACAUAACACGCUAUAUCAGUCAAUAAGCUUUAUGGCCGGGGGCGAGAUAGGAACGUGUGACGAAGCCGAAAGGAUGUCUCGACACUCUCCCGCUCGUGCCCUUUCGCGAACGAGGUUGAGAAUGUCUGCGUGGGAGGCAUCCCCGGAGAAAGUGAAUUUGAGUGUAAAGCCUAGUUUCCAAAUGUAAUAAAUAUACAUAUAUAUAUUCCCGACUGUAAAAUCAGCCUUGCUUCUUUUGUUUUAUAUUUACACUUAUUGGUGAUUAGAUCUUUUAUUAGGAUCCGGUCCUUCUCAGUUUUUGUAAGCUGGUUCUUGCUUCAAAAAUUGAACCUGAUCGAAAGCUGUCUGCCUCAGAUUUUUACAUAUUAACCCUCGGACGUACGGACGUACGAGGGGGUGGCAACCACACCCUCACCCCCGCCCCCCUCUAAGGUUUUUCUUAGUUUUUUCUACGACGAGAAGACAUACCUGACAUUUUCAGUACCUUUUCGUUUACGACGUAAAGACUUCACCGCUCUAUUGUUAACAGUGCUCAUGAAAAUAUAGCGGUACCCUAAAAUCGAGACAAUAUUCAAUUUGCCGUGUAAACGGACAUUUCACGGACCCAACAUUGAGGCACUGUUGUCCAGAGUGGUUCCCAAAACGUUCGUUGUGUAAACCGCGCUUGAGUAGAGACAGUCUUCUCGCUUAAUUCAUACUCAUCCCCAGAGCCCCCUGUUCAUCAUGACCCGCGGUGGUUGCUCUCGGAAACGUUAAUAUACUUAUAACAUUCACUACAAUAACAUGGUCAUCUUGAAUUUUAGCCUGCGAGAAGCGAGUCUCGAAAGAACUCGCCCGAGGGCGGCGAAGCACUCGUGUCUCCUUUCGCGUGCAGUUCUCGCUUGAUGUCUCGCGACUCCCCCAAAUUGAGACCUUGCUAACUAGACUGUGAUUCCCUUUUGUUCAUUUUUUAACAGGCCUAAACGACGAAGGACAGCUGCUGACUCUGGACAGAACGAAUAGUAAGAGAAUUUCAAAGUUCUAACUAAUCUAUGAAAAUUAAGUCUUUAUUCACUCCUUUUCUCUAUUCUAUUUGUUUUUGUAAGGGACCUGAUGCAAUCAAUGACUUUCCACGAAUUUACGGGGCGGUGGCGGUUUUGGUGGGGAGAUGGUGUCUAUUUCUUAGUUUCCUGGAACGCUCCUUAUUAAACGGAAAUCACGCCCUUAAAAAAUAAGACCGAAAAAUUUUCUCAUCGUGUGAUCAAAGUCGUUAUGUAGCGUAAGCUUUAAGUACAGUGGAAUGGUCAAUAAAAACGUGCAACUCAGUUGCUUUGAAAGAUUGCUCAGUGCAAAACAAGCUGAAAAGCAAUGUUGCGAUUUUAACCACCUGAUCAAAGCCGUUAUGUAGUGUAAGCUUUAAGUACAGUAGAAUGGUCAAUAAAAACGUGCAACUCAGUUGCUUUAAUUUGAAACAUUGCCUAGUGCAAAACAAGCUGAAAAGCGAUGUUGCGAUUUUAACCACCCACGAAUGAAAUCAGUCAUGCGGCAAUUCAGGUUGUUACACGUUGCGAAAAGUUAAUGUGUUGCAGAAAGUUAAGAGUAGUUCUAUUUUUUUUUUUUGCAAUAAAAUCUGCACAUGUUGUGCAUUUGAAGUACCGCGGCCCAAGGCAUAUUAACUUGUUAUGCAGCAAAUGACCUGACUCCGCAUGUCUAUGGCGUGACUCCUGAGUAAUUUUAUCCAAUCGGAACACACGACUCGUUUUGCAGCAAUGUCACAAUUACAGUACUUACAAAACAAGUUGCAUUUUUUUGAUGUCUGUUUUACUGUAGCCUUACAAUCGAUCCCGACAUUCGCAAAUGCCAUUUUAGUUUCACUUGACUUUCAUGCGAAGUUCGAUGAUUUUGUCUUAUGUUUGUUUGGUUUCAUUUCUUUUUCGCUGAUUUGUUUCUGCACGUGGUAGGCUAAGGCAAAGAAACACCAAAACCGUAUGUUGCAAAUUUCUAAGGGAACUCUUUUUUGUCAGUGUUGACUCGAGAAGCCAUGUGAUGUCCAAAAUGGGUGCCAGUGGAGGUUUGAAAGGGAGGACAAAGGUGUUAUCUGACGACAAGUUUAGAGCUUUGAACAAGGCUCUAAAGAUUGACAAGAAGAAACCCCAAGGUAUGACGAUAAAUAUGCCGAUGAAGAACAUAGUGUCUGUAUUACAGCGAUGUUUUAUAUUGCAGAGGUACGGACAGUACGAUUAUAUCAUUAGGCACCAAAAGUCCGUCAGUACUGUAAUAAUAUUAUACAGCAAUGGUCUCACAUGGCAGUAUUUAACAAUUAUUCCUCGAGCCAGAAUGGGCUCUGAGUCAAUAGCCCAUGAGGCCGAAGGCCGAAUGGGCUAUUGGCUCAGAGGCCAUGAGGGCGAGGGGAAUAAUAAUUUUUUAGUAAAAUCCAACUAGUUGGUCAAAGAUAUCAGGAAAAAACAACUUUAGCUAAUUAAAGCUAAACUUUAAUCCUUUUUUGCCGUGAAAAAGCCGGCGCUUUUCGCUACUAGUGGGCUAUAACAUAAGUAGUAGCUCAACCAAUCAGAGUGCAGUAUUGAUAAUACACCACUAGAUGGAUUUUACUAAAAGACCAUAGACUCGGCUAGAGUAUAGAAUGAAAGCGCUGAAGGGAAUGAAACGCUCUGAAUGCAAUUCAGCUCUAGUAUGACUCCACCCCAAAAGCCACCUGACGGUAAUGGUGUUAAUUAUGUUGUUCCUGACUAGGAUUCUAUCCGUUUCGCCCUUUCUAUGAAACAUAAGGCGUUAGGCCAAUCAUACACUGUACUUUAAGCAACAUAUGGCCAGCACAAAGCAAUGUUAAAACCGUGACUGUGAUGAAUUAGGUCUUGAUUCGAUAAUCAAUAUACAGUCAUAUAGUAAUGUUUUUACUAUAUUUACAGCAUCUCAGCUGAAACCGGAGGAAAUUGAUUUCCACGUAGAACAAAACCGUAAGGCUCAUAGGACUGAGGACUACGAACAUGUACAGCUGAUCAUCAGGAGAGGUCAGGAAUUUGAAGUCACUGUGAAGUUUAACAGAGAGUACAAGCCGGAUUCUGACGUCGUUGUUCUACAGUUUGUAACAGGUUUGUUUCAUAAGCCUGCCUUUCAAUCUUUUAUUUAUGUAACUAUUAAAACCAUUAUCUCAUAUGGGCUCCUGCUCAUGUAUAAAACACGAUUCUCAACCUACGAAAAGGUUACGAACGCGCAAAAUUGAACGAAAAGAAUGGGUACUGGGUGCAUAAUCAACUAACCAAGUUUAAAGUUUGCUCAGGUCAGUAAACAGACGGUCCGCGGCCAGAAGGUCAAGCAAAUAUCCACCGUACUGGUAGCUAUAUCAAACCAAAGAACAGUUUUUUCAGGCUCUUUCUUGAUCUCUUGCAAAUAGAUCAACAGCAUUUGAUUUUCUCCUCGAUGUCGUAGUUUUCACUUCUGUUGAGAAAAGAUGACCACAAGCUUGUUCCAGGCGUUCAGGAGAGUGGCGCAAAAUGAAGAGUAAAGGGUGCUGGGGUGUGGAAAGCAGAAGAAAGGAGAAGGGAGAGAGGAUGAAGGUUCCUUCACCCUCUCUCCCUACCCCUACCACCUCGCUGUUGUUUCCUGCUCAUUUUACUUGGCCCGUCCCCACAAACUGAACACUUUAAGCGUUGCCAGGCUCUCGGUCAGAGCACACGAGCAAACAAGGCGGGCGUGCAAAGAAAAACCGAGCGAGCGAAAAAGGGCGGGAAGAAGGUGGUUUUGGCCCAACUUUUCUCCUUACGUUCUCCCUACUAUCUUACAGCCUAGAACAGGCUAAUUUAUUUUACACCUAUGUGUAAGAAAAGAGCAGCAAGUUAUAGUUAGCUAAACAAUUCAGUUGUUAGACAAUCCCACUUUUCCGGCGUUGAAUUCAAAAGAAUAUUUUUUUGUGACGCUCUUUCACGAAACUAUAACGACGCUGUACACACGUACAGUUUAUCUUGUCCUCUCUUUCCAACACUGCUGUGGGCCAACCAGAUUUUCCAGAAGACCCAAACGCUCAAAUUCAAAUAUAAUUUCCAAUUCUUUACCAUCUCUUUUAUUCCAAAUUGGUCUUAUAGGGAGACGCCCACAGGAAAGCAAGGGUUCUGUUAUCCGCGCCUUUCUCCGCCAAACCCUUUCUACCACCCAGUGGGGAAUAAAAGUCAAGCACGUCAGCGGUAAAACCGUGCGUUUCACGGUCAUGCCUUCAGCGAAAGCUAUGAUUGGUCAAUACGAGGUGUUCGUGGAGACCAUCACGAAGGACGCUGACGGAAGUAAAUUGGUGUUUAGAUACAAGGAUGACGAUAAAGUGUGCGUCCUGUUUAAUGCUUGGUGCAAAGGUUAGUGACAACCAUACAGUAUGUUGCCCAGUAUCCGGGCGGUACCAGUAUCCGGACGGUACCAGUAUCCGGACACUUGAAACAAAAACUCAAUUUUUGAGGCGCCCUUUUCAGUUCUCGGUAAACGAAGUAUUUCGAAUGAAAGCUGAACAUUUCAGCUUUAAGAUGAAAGUUUUGGCGAUUUGACAACUUGCGAAACGGUCGAGGAAGACGCCGUUCUGUUCAGGUGAGUAAACUUUUCAUGGCUAAUACAGCUAAUAAUUAUUUGCGCUGUUUACUGCGCAGUAAAAUUAGUGCUGCUCAGAAAAAAGAGGGUAAUGUGUGAUAUUUUCAAAGAAACUGUUUUAUUUUUAAAGUGAAGAUACUUAAGGAAGUCAGGUUUUCAGAAAGGUUAUUAAUUCUUCUUGAAAUUCGAUUUGUUUGGAAUAAAGGAGGCCAGAAACAUUCACUAAGUUUUGAUGUCAUGUGCCCAGUAUCCGGACAGAUUUUUCUUUACUGUACAGAAUCGAUGAAUUAGCUGUGUACAUUAUCCGGAUAAGAUUUAUUUCAUAUCAGUAACUAUAAUUAAGGCUUAGGACAUCUCAUAAAGUCGUAAAAUGUAAUUCUACUCAACUCUGUAUGGAAAUUUUCUUCACUCAUUCAGAGGCGACUUGAUUUCGUGUGCACGGCUUGUUUCGCGUGACUGCAUUUUCUAUAUAUACAUGUAACUGAAAGCGUCUGAGUUGAACCUGGAAUUCUCACACUUUUCCCAGUUGUGACUGCUAGAAUGGGGUUGCAACGGUCUGAAAAAUGUCAUAAAGGGAUUAAGAGAUAUGAAAGAAGGAGGAAUUAGAGCUAGAAAAGCAGGCUUAUUGUGGGGACUGAGCAUGAAGAAAUCAACACUGCAGGUCAGACUAAAUAGGAGAGUGACCUUUGACCGGCGGGUUGAGGUCCCUUCCCCAAGCUUUUUUUAAAAUAAAAAAAUGAAGAAAAAAACUCGUUUGCAGAUUGGCUAAUUGAGCUUGCAAACUGCUGCUUCGGCAUGUCCACGGAUGCCUUCCUUAAAUCAGUGAAAAAGUUCCUGGACAAGGACGUAAGAAUUAUACCAUUUUUAAAACAGCCGCUCGCGUUCCCCACCAUACCCCAGUCAUUUGUUAUGUUUUAUUUCACGAUGCUAGGUUAUAUUUUUGGAAUCGAUUGCCAAACUACUUUGCAAGUGCAAGAGAAGCUUAUAAGUCGCUUGCCUGUCCAAAUUUAUGUACAGUUAAGUUGUUCUUGUUGUGUCCGGCGGGCCAGCUGUCAGGAUACUGGGCAACAUAGGAGCUCUGCCAAAAAUAUUAAUUUCGAGAUGAAAACAAAGGCAAAAAAGUUAAACUGUCUUUCGUCAUAUUAAGGACUAGAUAGAUUUUCUCUGGGCCAAUCUUAAACUGACGUGUCCGGAUACUGGGCAACAUACUGUACUGUCUUAUAACUUCAGCCAGUGAAACUUCAGUGCGACUAACCACUUUGUAACGAACACGUUUUAGCAUAAAAAGUUCAUUCUCUUAAAGAUGUAUGCGUACAGCUGUACUGUGCUUAAAUGAGAUCGUCGGUGUCAGAUUAUUUGAACUUAUCACCAGUUCUCUUUACAAUACUCUCCGUUUAUUGUUCCUUUUCCCUUGCUUUUGUAUCUUCAGAUGACGUAGUGUACAUGGAAAAUGACUUGGAGCGGAAUGAGUACGUCUUAGCUGAUAAUGGUAACAUCUGGGAGGGGAGUGCCACGCAUAAUACGGGAAUGCCUUGGAACUUUGGUCAGGUAAAUACAAUACAAUAUACAAUAUUUACAGAGCGCUAAUUCCCAAUGGAUCAACUUCAGAGAUGACACCGAUCUCUUUUGGAAUUCCUCAAGGGUCUGUCUUGGGGCCGACACUUUUCACUCUCUUUGCGAACGAUCUUCCGUCCUGAGUGUCUUCCGGAUCCGUCUAUAUGUUUGCCGACGACACAACGGUUUACUGCAUAAGUGACACGGCAGAAAAAAGUAUUGCCAAGUUAAAUACUGCACUUCGUGAAUUAAACGAGUGGUGCCUCAUUAACACCCCACCCAAGUAAAAGUGAGGCCAUGCUAAUCUCUAGAAGAAAUCCCCCGGUUAAUAUUCCCCCGAUCUUUAUCGGAAACUCUACAAUUGAAUGGGUAUCGAAAUCACGAUUACUGGGUAAGACCGUCGAUGAGAAACUGACCUGGACUCAGCACAUGCUGGAACUCAAAAAAUCAUUUGCUAAAAAACUAGGAUUACUUAAGAAGUCGAGAUUUCGCCCUAGAAACGUUCGUCAGGAUCUCUAUUUUAAGGUCAUUUUGCCUUCAGUGACCUAUGGUCUUAUACUAUGGGGAUCUUGCUGCAAUUCCGACUUAUUUCAGUCCAUGGAAAGACUUCACUGCAGGGCUGCGCGACUAAUCUUUAAUUUGCCGAAAGACAUGGCAUCUGCUGAUGUCCUACAACGGGCCCAAUGGCCGACUCUGUCUAUUUAUUAUAAAUCAGCCAUUUUUAUCUGUCUUCAUAAAGCUUUCCACGAUAGGUUACCUGUCACAUUAAUCGACCUGAUUUCUAAGAAACGGGCCACAAAUUAUUCAACCCGGACUUGCGCUUCUUUAAUUGUUCCACGCUUCAACACGCGUUACAUGAAAGACUCUGUCGCGUUUAGAGGCUCAGUCCUGUGGAAUGCAGUGACCAACAAUAGUAGUGCCCUGACAAAAAACAUUCCAUAUUGUGAUCUCAGGCUAAAGCUUAAAUCUCAAGUUAAUUUUAAUGAAUUCAGCUUCAAGGUAACGUCUGCAUCCACUGGUAAUUUUAGAAAAGAUGACUUUGUAUAUACUUAAAUUUAUGUUCACAAUUUCAUAUUUGUAAGCACCGCUGAUUUAAGUUCAAACGUUUUUUCUGUAUAUACCCCUAGUUUUUAGUUUUUUAGUUCACUUAGUGAUUAGUUAAUUGCAAACUACCCCACAAGCUCAUGUAGCUUUAAUACUCAUCGUUUUAAAAUAAAGGCUAUCUAUCUAUCUAUCUAUCUAUCUAUCUAUCUAUCUAUCUAUCUAUCUAUCUAUCUAUCUAUCUAUGGUCCAAAAGGCUACAGUCAACUCUUUCUCAAUCCUUCAAGCCCCAAUCGCAACGUAAAAUUCUCCAGACUGAUCUCCAUACAUUCAUGAUUGUCAGAACCCUUUUCUCUUUUUGAUGCAUUGAAGUUGUUAGAAGAAAAUUACCGUAAAUCCUCUAUAAGGCCUCCCCCCUCUCAAAUAAGCCCCCUCCCGCAAAUAAGCACCCCCCCUUUUCAGGGAAAGAAAGUUACUAAGUCCCCCCGCCCCCUCCCCUCCCUUAAUUAUUCUUCUGAAUCACUAAUAAAUGAUAGACUGUAUUAAUCAAUCAAGACAGUAAAACUUCAUGUGGACUGAUCCGGGAGGAAAUUCGGAUUUGUUUCUGAUCCUGGGCUGCAUGACCUCCAAUUUAAAUUCCACUUUGUAGUCUAAUUCUUUAUAUAUGGAGAACUGAUAACAUCGUCUCUUCUAAAUUUAAUAAGCCCCCCUCUCAAAUAAGCCCCCCGUCUCUAUUAAGCCACCCCCUCAAAUGGACUUGAAACAAAUAAGCUUAAAAGAAAAUUUGCGGUAAUGUUGGUCACUUUUGGGACGGUUGUUAACCAGACAACCCUAUAAGACGCAUGGACACCUCCAUAAAAAAACCGACAGUCACGGUACUCGGCUGUUCCUCAGCCAUUUACUUUGACUGUUUUUUUUUUCAGAUGGGCAUGCCUCUCCCUAAAUUUCAUUAUUAAACCUAAUAUACCUGGAAUACAGUCAAGUAUUCUUUGUUUCUGUGACAUGUUUCUUACGUCGACGUUUGUUAAUAUUUUUUCUCCUUGAUAGUUUGAAGAUGUCGCUCUAGAUUGUGCCCUCUGGCUUCUAAAUAAAGCACAUCUAUCUCCAUUUGGAAGGGCUAGUCCAGUCUCUGUGGUGCGAGUUAUCUCAGCCAUGGUAAGUAUUAGAAUCUCAGUUGACCUUUCCUUAGAAAGGCACCCGAUCAAUGAGGAAUUGUUGUUUUGUGUCUACAACAUCGCUGGUUGUGUUUGUAAAGGACUGGUAUCCAGGUUAUACUGACCGAUUGGCGCUGAUAGGCUUUACAAGUCUGGCUCAGUAUGCUUGCCGUUAAGGAGAGUCAAUGCGAGGACCACGUCUCAUAUGCGUCAAGCUGAGUUAGAGUGGAUGAAAAAAAAAAUUGUGCUAAAAUAGCAGCUGCCUCACAGAGACGCAGGCAUAAAACACCGCACCGAAAAAUGGAGCGAUUUGCACGUACACAGGCUUGUGUGCAUGGUUGCAAAACAGGAGACAAAAGCUAAAGCACGUUCAAGUUCUAACUUACUACUACGCUACCACGUGGACCCGCCAAAUUUCCGAAGAAAUUUAAGCACACAUCUAAUAUGCUAUCUUUCAUUAACUGAUACAUCUGUAACAGGUAAUCGUACAAUACCCUUACCAUAACUUUUAACGAUACUUCAACUUGGUCUUAUACUGUAAACCUUUUUGUGAAUUCUUCAUGUAGGCUAAUUACGAUGACAGCGAUGGGGGCAUCCUAUGUGGUCGUUGGACGGAGACAUACCCCAAAAACUCUACCGAGCCAACCGCUUGGACGGGAAGUGUGGAAAUAUUAGAAAAGUUUAUGAAGAGAAAGUCCAAUGUGAAGUACGGACAAUGCUGGGUCUUCUCUGGAUUGGUCACAACACGUGAGUAUUUAAAAGAAUGGUUGUCCACAUGUGCGGACAAUCGGACGAAAAGAGCGAACUGGUGUUUAACUUAGAAAAGCCUAGGAUACAUCAGUACCUGAAACGUGCGUUAAGAAGAACGUGGAGACCGUCUUGAGCAUGAAACGGUUAACAUGGCUGAAGCCACACAUUUCGCAGUUUACCGAUUCAAAGUAUCGGUGAUGAUGCAGGUGAUGAUGAUCAUGGUGAUACCAGAUUUCAAUGUUAAACGAGCGGCGAACUCCUUCAAACUAGAACAUGGGCGGCCUUUUGUCUUAAGAGUUGUAGUAUUUUCGAUGGAAACUUUACAAGAACUAAGAACAAUCUUCACAUGUCUUUUCUUAACUAGAUGAACUUAUUUAUUUAUUUAUUUAUUUAUUUAUCUAUUUUAACUUGUAUUCCGUACAUAAAUAUAUUCUUUCUCUUCUAUCAGUGUUGCGAGCACUGGGUCUACCCACCCGUAGCGUGACAAACUUCGAGUCAGCCCACGACAGGGACGGCAGCAUGACUAUCGACUUUCAUUCUGACGAAGAAGGGAAUCCUUUGAACGAUCUCAAUGACUCCAUCUGGUGAGAUCCCAAUUAGCAGAGUUAUCGUUUCCUUUUUCUGCCUCUCCCUCCUUUUUUCAAUCUCGUUUAAUGACUCUUUGAUUGGUCAAUUUGGGGGCCUAGAUUAGGCUCAACUUAAAAAAGCUGAGAAUUAUUAAAAACGUUUACCGUCAGUUUUGUUCAACCAAAGAGAUCGAAGAUCUAUAGAAUUUCCUAACAGCUGCAAAUUGGGCUAAAAUUUUAGAUGAUAGUUAAGAAAUCUCCACAGCUUAACUUCAGCACUCUCAUCUAGAUGCUUGUCACCCCCGAUUAUCUAUACUUGCCGACACAGCAAAUGCGAUUAAAAAAAUCUGCACUGGUAAAAACUGAUAAGACAAGAACACUAGUUGUUGAGGCUUAAGGUUUUCCUCUUAAUGAAAAGGAAGUCCGAAAUAAUUUACCUCUUACGGGGUCAUUCUUAGGAACUUUCACGUCUGGAACGAGUCAUGGUUCAAGCGCACUGAUUUACCAGACGGACAUGAUGGAUGGCAAGCGCACGAUGCCACUCCCCAAGAGACUAGUGAGGGUAUGUAUUUUCAUCCUGUUUCUUAAAAGAAACCUCCACUGUCAUACGAAAUUGACCCUUCUGAGAACUCGUUUCGUCACGUUGCCAUGGUAGCAAAAUUUUCUGGAUCUAACCUUGGUCCUGCAAAUAAUGCGAAAAAAGUGACAUGUAUGACUUUACUGUGCCUGAUUGCACUCAGGAACAAAAUGGUAGUCCAUACUAAUUUUCUUCCAUCGUUCUACAAUGCAAAUGGUCGUCUCUGUGAAGAAGGAAUGUUAAGAUCCAGCAAUCUUGCUACCAUGGUAACGUGACGUCAAACGUCUCCUCUCUAUUGUGGCUGAUGUUCAGUACUUUCGUUUUAUUUCUCUCAGGUGUGUUCCGCUGUGGCCCGGCUUCCGUGAACGCAAUUAAGAAUGGAGAGGUGUAUCUACCUUAUGAUACUGGCUUCAUAUUUGCUGAAGUGAACGGUGAUUGCGUCUAUUGGGACGUGGAUGAUGAUGAUGGGUCCAUGAAGGCGCGUUCCAUCGAAAUGGAUAGCAUUGGCAAGUGUAUCAUUACCAAAAUGCCGGGUUCUAGCGCGAGGCUUGAUGUGACCAGAGAUUACAAACAUACAGAAGGUAAAUUAUCUCGGUUUAGCAUUUAAACUGUGAAGGAUUUUGGUGGUGGUGUUGAUGAUGAUGAUGAUGAUGAUAAUGAUGAUGAUGAUGAUUGUAAUGAUGUUUAUGAUGAUGAUGAUGGUGAUGAUAAUGAUGAUGAUGAUUAUGAUGGUGGUGGUGGUGGUGGUGGUGGUGGUGGUGAAAAUAAUGAUCGUUUUUAGCAUAGUUCUUUAGAGUGAAGCGCAGCCUGUUGCUAAUUCUCUGUGAAUUUACAAGGCCUGGUCAUCUUUUGAUAAGUAACUGCGGUCAGUUUAAGAAUAUGGCAAAGAAAUGGGUAAUGGGUUCAUGAUAACCUUCACGAAUAUAGAGACAUUAAGUGACCACUAAGCCCACUAUGAGUAUGUUGAUGUAAUUGCUGUAGUUACUCUAGUUGGUGAAGUUAGUGUAGUUGCUGUAGUAGCUGCAGUGGGUGUAGUUAGUGUUGUUGGUGUAGUAGCUGUAGUUGGUGUAGUUGGUGUAGUUGGUGUAGUUAAUGUAGUUGCUGUAGUUGCUGUAGUUGAUGCAGUUACUGUAGUUGCUGUAGUUGGUGUAGUAGCCGUAGGUGGUGUAGUAGCUGUAGUUGGUGUAGUAGCCGUAGUUGGUGUAGUAGCUGUAGUUGGUGUAGUUGGUGUAGUAGCUGUAGUUGAUGUAGUUACUGUAGUUGCUGUAGUUGGUGUAGUAGCUGUAGUUGGUGUAGUUAGUGUAGAUGGUGUAGUAGCUGUAGUUGGUGUAGUUAGUGUAGUUCGUGUAGUUUGUGUAGUAGCUGUACUUAGUGUAGCUGCUGUAGUUGGUGUAGUAGCUGUAGUUAGUGUAGUUGCUGUAGUUGGCGUAGUUAGUGUAGUUGGUGUAGUUACUGUAGUUGCUGUAGCUGGCAUAGUAGCUGUAGUUGGUGUAGUAGCUGUAGUUAGUGUAGUUGGUGUAGUUACUGUAGUUCGUGUAGUUACUGUACUUGGUGUAGUAAAUAUAGUUAGGGUAGUUGCUGUAGUUGCUGUAGUGCAUGGUGUAGUUAUAAGUGUAGUUGCUGUAGUUGGUGUAGUAGCUGUAGUUGGUGUAGUUAGUGUAGUUGCUGUAGUAGCUGUAGUUGGUGUAGUUAGUGUAGUUGCUGUAGUUGGUAUAGUACACUAACUACACCAACUACACUAACUACACCAACUACAGUAACUACAGCAACUACACCAACUGCAGCAACUACACCAACUACAGCUACUACACCAACUACAGCAACUACACUAACUGCACCAACUACAGCAACUACACUAACUACAUUAACUACAGCAACUACACUAACUACACCAACUACAGUAACUACAGCAACUACAUCAACUGCAGUAACUACACCAACUACAGCUACUACACCAACUACAGCAACUACACUAACUGCACCAACUACAGCAACUACACUAAGUACAUUAACUACAGCAACUACACUAACUACACCAACUACAGCUACUACACCAACUACAGCAACUACAGCUACUACACCAACUACAGCUACUACACUAACUACAGCUACUACACUAACUACACCACUACACUUCUACACCAACUACACUAACUACAGCAACUACACCAACUACACCAACUACACCAACUACAGCUACUACACCAACUACACCAACUACACUAACUGCACCAACUACAGCAACUACACUAACUACAUUAACUACAGCAACUACACUAACUACACCAACUACAGCUACUAUACCAGCUACAGCAACUACAGCUACUACACCAACUACAGCUACUACAGCUACUACACUAACUACACCAACUACACUUCUACACCAACUACAUAAACUACAGCAACUACACCAACUACAGCAACUACACCGACUACAGCUACUACACCAACUACAGCAACUACACUAACUGCACCAACUACAGCAACUACACUAACUACACCAACUACAGCCACUACACCAACUACAGCAACUACAGUAACUACAGCAACUACAGUAACUACACCAACUACAGCUACUACACCAACACACUAACUACACCAACUACAUUAAGUACACCAACUACAGCUACUACACCAACUACACCUACUACAGCUACUACACCUACUACACCAACUACACUAACUACACCUACUAGAGCCACUACACCAACUACAGCUACUACACCAGCUACAGCAACUACAGGAACUUCAGCUACUACACCAACUACACUAACUACACCAACUACAGCUACUACACCAACUACAGCUACUACACCAGCUACAGCAACUACACCAACUACAGUAAGUACACCAACUACAGUAACUACACCAACUACACUAACUACAUCAACUACACCAACUACAGUUACUACACCAGCUACAGCAACUGCGGCAACUACAGUAACUACACCAACUACACUAACUACAUCAACUACACCAACUACAGCAACUACACCAACUACAGCUACUACACUAACUACAGCUACUACACUAACUACACCAACUACACUAACUACAGCAACUACACCAACUACAGCUACUACACUAACUACACCAACUACACUAACUACACCAACUAUACUAACUACAGCAACUAAACAAACUACAGCUACUACACCAACUACACCUACUACAGCUACUACACCAACUACACCAACUACAGCAACUACACUACGUACACCUACUACAGCUACUACACCAACUACAGCUACUACACCAGCUACAGCAACUACAGGAUGUACAGCUACUACACCAACUACACUAACUACACCAACUACAGCUACUACACCAACUACAGCAACUACAGCUACUACACCAACUACACUAACUACACCAACUACAGGUACUACACCAACUAUAGCUACUUCACCAACUACAGCAACUACAGCUACUACACCAAGUACACUAACUACACCAACUACAGCUACUACACCAACUACUGCUACUACACCAACUACAGCUACUACACCAACUAGAGUAACUACAGCAAUUACAUCAACAUUCUCGUAGUGGGCUUAGUGGUCGCUUAAUGUCUCUAUAUUCGUGACGGUUAUCAUGAACCCAUUACCGAGAAAUGUGGACUCCGAUUAACGUCAUCGCUCAUAUUCAUUUUCAUUUAAUUUGCCAAGUGUUGCUGAAAUAUUCUGGAGUGGAAUCCGAAAGGACCGCAUCUAGGUUUCGAAGAAAAAAAAGGAAAAUUUGUGCCGUGUUCUCUUACUUCAUAAAGCGGGCGUGUGAAAUUAGGAAAGAAAUGUACAAAAAACCGCGAUGCACUUGCAAAGUUGUUGUUUUGCUUUAUUGAACUAUUGCUUUUUACCCGUUUUCGUUGCCGUCGCCGUCGUCGUUGCUUAAGCUCCCUAUUGUUGUAAUCCAUGGUUACGUGACGUCACACUUCUCUCUAUUACCUGAUACGACAUUUGUUUAAACCGCUAAUAUUGUACUCUACCUUCUCAAUUUACACGCGCGCUUGUGUCCUGUUAACAGUCUCCCCAAAGGAGAGAGAUGCUGUUGAAUUCGCUAACAAGUUUAGCACCCGAAGAGAGUUCGACAUUUACGAGGCAGAAAAAGAGGACGUGCAGUUUUCUUUGCAAGUUGCUGAUGAUAUCGAUAUCGGAGACAGCUUUGAUGUCAAAGUCGUUGUGCAGAACAAGUCCAACGAAAAGAGAACUGUGAAGUUGAACAUCACUUCGUGUUUAGCUUUCUACACAGGAAUGCCAGCCAGAGAACUUAAGAAGAAAAAAGAAACUUUGCAUCUUGCUGGGAAAAAAGGUACAGUCACACCCUGUUAAUACGGACACUGGGGGGAGGGGGAGGGGGGCGAUAGAAAGUGUACGUAUUAACGGGGUAUCCGUAUUAGGGGGUCCCCGAAUUAGAGAAAAUGUAAGAGCUUUCUUUCCCCCAGGGAAAAAGCAAACUGUCCCUAAUAAUGAAGUGUCCGUUGUAAGUAGGUGGUCGUAAAGCGGAGUUUGUAUUUAUGAUUUCUGCAAAUGUUGAUCACUCGCUUAGAUUUACUUUCAUAAGAUUGUUCAUGUAAACGUUUGUCUUUGUGGGAUAUAUAACAAAUCACUUCAUGUUUGGUCCCUGGAGAAACUGGUUAAUUUUGUUUCCCAGGAAUCACAAUUUUGUUUCUUUGCCCCGCCUCGGAAAGUACUGUAAAUCCUUUUUUGCCACCAAAAAGCCAGCGCUUUUCGCUACUAGUGGGCUAUAACAUAUAGCCUAGUGGUAGCUCAACCAAUCAGAACGCAGCAUUUAUUGUAGACCACUCGUUGGUUUUCACUAAUUAGCCGUUUUGGUCUGAAAUAGGGUAUGGUUUGUGAACUCUAGUCCUUAGGUAGGCACGUAUUCUGUAUUUAUGAAGGCCCAUUAUGCAACCUGCUUCAUAGUGUGGAAUUUUAAGCUCGAAACUUUGUACAGUUUUGUAUCCUACUUAACGUUGCCUUUAACAUUGGUCUGACCUAGGGAACUGAUGAUAAGGCAGGUCCGAAAUAGGGUAUUGAUUUAAGGGUCAGGUCUCAAAUAGGGUAUUACAGUCAAACCAGGUCAAGCGUUCCCGUCGCUAACGAACUAAUGAAUUCAUUCGCGGAAAAAUGAUUUCGUUUGUUGAUUCAAUAAUCCAUUCAUAAAAUGAACAAUCCAAUAGUCAUAUUUAGCCUCGAUUCCAUAAUCGAAUGUUGAUUCGAUUACUGUUUUUUGAAAAAUUACACUUUCCACAAGUUGACCUCAGAAUUUUGUUUUUUCCUCUUUUUUUUCUGAGAGUCGAGUGCUGGCGAGUUCUGAAGUUCAAACCCAAACAAACUGUUACAUGUACGCCAGUUUGCUGCCAAUAAUCAGUGCAACAGACCUAGGCCUGACCUCUUAGAAAACACGACGGUCAAACUGAGGUCAGUGUAUGUGCGGUGAUUGGUGGAUUUCGAUCCUCGGCCUUUGUCAGUUUCUUUGCGUUUGCGGUCUGUCUAUUCUAGCUGUUAUUUUGAUUAAAGGCAAUGAAAAACGCAAUCGUAAACGGCAGGAAAAGGGAAGCAAAUACGAUUGAACACAACAGACAAGAAUAAAGAACAGGUAGAUUUUGUUCAUAAACCAAAUCAACAUUUGAUUAUUGAAUCGAGGUACAAUUUGACCGUUGGAUUAUUCAUUUUAUGAAUGGAUUAUUGAAUCAACAAACGAAAUCAUUUUUCCAUUAAUGAAUUCAUUAGUUUGUUAGCGACGGGAACGCUUGACCUGGUUUGACUGUAAAUUUUUGAUCAGGUCUGAAAUAGGGCAGGGAAAAUCACAGAUUUUUGUCUGAAAUAGGGGAAGGGUUUCAGGAAGCGUGCCGAUCACCCUUACUCAAUUUUUCUGGAAGUACCUCUCCCCGGUUGUGUACAUAUAGCCUAACAGAGCGCGCUGUUGAGAAAACAAUUUCUAGCUAUGAAGGGUUUGAACCCAGGAGUCAUUUCAAAAGUAGGUUGAGUUUGAUCGUCCGGGUGAACGUAGUCCUGAGUAGGACUGUUGUUGUUGACAGUGACCGACGUUUCGACAACCUGUGCUUUAGUUAUCUUCAGAGUAAAAGUGAGUUGUAUCACGGCGUCAGUUGAUGGUAUUAUACUCUGGCAAAACCAGCUGUAUCAUGUAACAAAAUUUGAUUAUCAAUAUGUCUGAAAAUACGUACAUCGAAAGCGCUUACUUACUAAUUUCUCCUCAGAAUUGAGGAGUUCGAAAAACGGAAAAUCCUUAUUAAUAAUCUUAUGUAUAUGAAGCUGUGUGGAAGGUUGGUAAUUACGUUUAAUAUUUAUGUUUAUUCCCUAGAAAAAAGCGUGAUUUUAAAGAUCGCAGCCGCAGACUACAUUGGAAAGUUGGCGGCAGACGGAAACAUUAAGCUGUUUAUCAAAGGAACGGUCGCGGAGACGGAACAGAGGUUCGCUACCCAAGAUGUGGUGGAAAUGAGAAAACCACCAAUGACCGUCACGGUAAGAGCCCCCUUCCCCUAUAGGAAUGACGGUGUUACUGGUCUUAACCCUUUAAGAUUUUCUAAGGAGAGGUGCUACUACGGUGACAUGACCUCAAAAUCACCUCCAGUGACGUCACCACCCGAGUUGUAGUAGGGCUUUCCCGCCGGCUGAGCGUUGUUUUCUGGUACGGAGAAAUGCCUUGAUUGCCGUACUCCUAAAUAUGUCAUUAUUAACCGGCAUAUGCUGUACCCGAAAACAAGGCUACAGUUGGCGGCAAAGCAGCACUGCAACUUGGAUGCUGACGUCACCGGAAGUGAUUUUGACGUCACGUCGCCGUAGUAGCAUCUCUCCGUAGCGAAUCUUAAAGUCCCUAAUAUUCGUGGAUUAAUACGGUUUGGAGUACUUAAAUUUCAAAUGACUAUAUAGAAUUAUUUAUCGUUGUAUCGUUUAAGUUGGCUUCCAUCUGACAUUUAAGAGUCUGCGACGGUCUUUCGACCUCUGUGUCUGCGGAGGUGGAUAUAAUAAUAGACGGCGGUGACUAUUUGCCUCAGUAAAGUUUUGUUAUACACUGGUUCCAAGUGGGUUUUUUCAUUCGAGUGCCUCAAGCCACUUUUUGAAUUACAUACCGUAACUCUAGAACGAGGGUAGAAUUGGUAUCUCUUUUGGGUGAAAAAGUGAAUUCAACCCAUUUCUCCAAGGCGAUCUUCUGAUACCUUUUAUGAGGCAGUGCACUGAACCACUUCUCCCAGAACGCAAACGGUGUUGCAUUCAUAUCAAACUGACUGAAGACAAACGAGGUCUUAGGGAACUAUAGAUCAAUAAUUAUAGAUGUUAAAGUAUAAAGUAUUUGUCAAGCACUCAGUUUCAUUAUUAGCCCUUGGUUCUUGUAAUUGGGCGACCAUUUUCUUCUUCUGGCAUUAUCUAAGUUCUCUUUUUUUUAAUCUUCUUAGGUGUCCCCGAAAUCAGCAAAGAGAGGUGAUUCGGUGGAUGUUAAAGCGUUCUUCAAUAAUUCGCUGCCAGUGUCCGUGAAAAAUGGAAAGUUCCAUUUUUCGGUCACCGGGAUGUAUCCUAAGUCAAAGGAAGUUGAUUGCCCGUGAGUAUUCAGAGCGUUUUAGUGUUGUUUACACUGAAAUUAUGAAUAUAUGAAAAUCAUAUAUGUGAUCAUGAACUGGGGAGCGAAGAAUUACUUGAAGGAAGAUCAUCGCAGUUGUAUACACAACUUAUGCAGUUGCGAAAAGAAAUCCUGAAAAAAAAAUUCAGGCUUGUAUGGGAUUCGAACCCUUGACCUCUGCGAUACCGGUGCAGCGCUCUACCAAUUAAGCUAACAAGCCAACUGGAAGCAGCUCGUUGAAUUGGUUCGCGAUAAACCCGUUAAAAGGAUGAUGAUGAAAUUAUGAAUAUAUGAAAAUCAUAUAUGUGAAUUGCGGAGCGUUAUUGGUGUCCAGAGAAAGAUGUAAUGGCAAUUAAUUUCAGCCAGAUUCUUUGCUCAGUCACCCUGGGUACAGAUAAUUAAAUUAAAGGUUUGAGAUUGCAAUGAGUACUUAGCAACAAAUUAAUCACACUUUACACUUUAGCAGUCUUUAGUAGUUGCACAUGUGGAAUGAACGGGAAAUGAAAGACUUGCUGAACGAAAAAUCUUGAGUUUGCUCUUAAGCCAGUAGGUGCCUUUAUAUUCUAUUAACCGGAAAAUUUCUUUGGUCGCGGUUUUUUACUAAACGUUAGUUGGUCAAGGCAAAAUUUGUUUGUUUGUUUUUUUAAUUGAGGAAAGCGAUUUUUUAUUUUUACUUUUGCAAGAUAAUAGGGGACUCGCUUGCGAACUCAGUGUCGAAGUGAGUUCAGGAAUUCGGAUUGGCCAGGGGCACCCAACGAGAAUAUAGUUCAAAACCACUUAAACAUAGCAUUGUUAAGCGUAUUUUAGUAUUUGAACGGUAGAUAUAGGCAUAUUUUCAUCCCCUAAAAAUUUUUUAUCUGUUCGGAUUUCCUAGCUGAAAGUCUAGGGAUCCGAAAAUUAUAGGGAUCCAAACUUACGUUUUCGAAAAUUUGAGCCAAAAAAAGGCUCCCGAAAAUUCUAAGUGACUUUUUUAGGGUAAAAAUCCGUUAAAAAUGGGCAAUUAUACCAUUUUUUAGAUGUUCGAAAAAUCCUAGGAGAGCAGGCAAGCAAGACAUUUUACAACAAAUGUUCCGAAAAUUCUAGAACCCAAAUCAUCUUGCGAACAGAUAUUUUACGAAAAUUGACGUUGGGUACCCCUGAUUCGCUUAGAGUUGUUUCGAUGCUCGCAACGCACGUGCCACUUUAAACCUUUUAGGUAUUACUUCUAUCUCUUUUGUAUUCACAAUUUCGAUUUAUUACCCCCGCAGGUAUUUCGCCUACAGGGCGAAAUCCCAAGGAGGCAUCCUAGUAGCUCUCGCGUAUAUAGGAAAGUACUUUCUGUUGAAAUAUGCAGUCUGAGAGUGCUUUGAUCAAAGCUGCUUAAGUCGACCAGAAUCAGUGAAUGAAAUCUUGCGAUUUCUGCUAAAUUUUAUCCCACCUAUUAUAAGGAAUAGGUUUAUUUCAUAGAGCCACACAAAGACCAAGUAUGCAUGCGCAAUUUACCCCUGUGACAACGUAACAUACAGAGCGGGGACAGCUGUAGUGUCAACCACCUUACUAGUUAUAAAUUUAGCAGACAACGCAACGGCAGUUACGAUGGCGCGCACAAUUAUUUAAACCGACUUGGCAAUUGUUUGAUCAACCUCAUUUCCUGAGGCUGCGAUCCUUUUGGUCAGCCCCAAGGACCUCGAAAGCUGUGGGGACGAGAUUGUUUGUGGAACGGAAAGUUGAGCACCAGAUCACUCCUUUCUGCACGCCUUCGAGUCCUCAUUUGACUGGCUGCGUUGUCUUCAGUUUGGAGUAAAUCUGCAUGAACUCAUAUCCUAUGUAAGCAUAAAAGGGGGUAGCUUUAAAUACUUACUUGCCGUGUCAUUUUUUAUUUUUUUUCAGCGGACCUGUGGCUUCUAAGAAGGAAGCAAAGGCAGAGGUUUCCUUCACAGUGUCUCGAGGAUGGAGGACUUCAUCAGUUGUGGUUAGCUUUACGUCAGAUCAGCUAUCUGGCGUCCGUGGAAAUUCUGCCGUCAAUGCCCAACGCUAAACCGGCCACGGCCAGGAGUUUAAAGCAUUCUUGAAAAAUUCAUAGGGCUCUUUGCUUUUUGUGUGUAUUUUUUCCUCAAGGCUUAUAUUUUUUUGCUUGCGUUUUACAGAUAUUUUGCUUUCCUUAUUUUUCUCUCUUAAAAAGGAGAAUUAGCUUACAGUGGUGUUGUUGGGAGGUGACAAACGAUUUUUUUAUGAAUCAAACGUGGUAACAUUGAAGACUUUGCAAGAUUCUUAAUACUUUCAUGAUAUCUGUACAAUCAUUUGUAUCUUAUAAGUAUUUUAAUGCUUACAUUCUUGCUUA